AGCGCACCCCGCGCUGCCUAUGGAGGACACCCGUGGCGCGCGGCCAGGGCUGCACGACCCACCGCUAUGACAACAGUCGGCCGGCCGGAUUGACGCGGACAGGGUGAGUCUCUCCGCGGGAGCAAAUGCGCGCGGCUUCCUUUCAUGUGGGGCUGGGGCGGGCCUGUCGCCGGGAGCCUCGUGCGAGCAGGGGAGGGAGGAGGCAGGGAGAGGCGGCCACCCAAUCCGCGAGGGGCCCCUGGGGGGCAGGGCGGGGGCGGGGCCGGUGACUGACACCUCCGGGCGCGUGGGGAGGGAAGGGGAAAGUACCUGCAGCUGAGGGAGGUUGCCAGCGCGUAUAUGUGCAGGUGGGAGGAAUAGUGGUCUCUUCCAGAGCAGCCUGUCCUUUGGCCACACGGGGCUAGUCGACGUCCCCCUCUUCGCAUUGGACUGAGUGGAAGAGGGGCCUUGAGCCUUAGGAAGGAGGUAUGUCUGGAGCGCCAGGUGCCCCCUAAAAGCGCCUAUUUGUCAGAGGGAUCUUGGCAGUUGGUUGCUCUCGGCGCAAUGAUAUUUGAGCAUGCCUACCUUGAAUGCAUCCCCGGCGACUUCUGAGUAAAUGAGCCACGUGUCGGGCUGCUACUGCUGCCGUGAAAAUGUGGGGAGGGAAGCAGCCUCGGCGCCUAACUUCAUAGGAAGACAUCAGAAAGUUUGACUUGUACAGGUGUGUGUGAGCAGUUGGGAGUAGGUUGCUCUGAAAGGUGGUCAAAGAAUAGAAGGGAGGUGUUUCUUGCUUUUUGUAUCAGAAUCGUAGACUUGGGUCAUCUUAGUCCAACCCCCUGCAAUGCAGGAAUCUUUUGCCCAAAGUGGGGCUCGAACCCAUGGCCCUGAGGUUGCCUGAGGUUAUAUGGAUACAGGUAGUGACUAUUCAGAGAUGAGAGGCCGGCUACCCGAAUAAAUUCUGAGCAGACCGGUAGUUGUGAGGAAGUGUUUGUAUCCCACGUGUUGUGCAUUUAUUUAGGUUUCUUAAUUGUCCUGUCUCCAGGGUAGGUGUCAUUACUGAAAACAGAUGAAUAGGCCAAAAUCUCGACCCAAUAUAAAAUUCUACAGAAAAUUAAAAUAGCCCCCAUAUCUGUCUCUGCUCUGAAAAGAAAGCCAAACAUGCACUAUUUACAGCACACCUGGAAAUUGUUCCGUGUUGUGGUUUUGGGAUGCUGAAAGUCAACAUCCUUGACUAGCAUAAGUAGAUGUGGAAUUCAUGGCAGGUCUGACUCUCUAGAGAAAAGCUGGCAAUACUAGCAUGUAUCCUUUGGAGCAGGUGAGUACCUGGUGGUGUUCUAGACUCCUGGAACAAGGAGGAAGAGUUUUUGUUGUGAAAUAUUGAGGUAGGAGGAUUCUGGGUAAAGACAGGCCUUGCUCAGAAGUGGUCUCUGGAAUCCCAAGAGAAGCUCUUUAGUGGGAGACAAGUGAUUUGUUUUGCUUGCUUUUCAGAGUUGAAGAUAGAGUAUGCCAUUGAGUAGGGCAUAUGCACUCAUCCCAUUGUUAUGUCUGACAAACAGGUUUUGCAGCAUUUCAUAUUGUUUCAACAACUGCUUGACCAGAGGCAACAGUGGGACAAAAGCAAUAUGUGAGUACAGUGGGACUUACUCCCUUGUAAGUGUGUGCAGCAUUGCAGCCUUAUUCCUCUUUUCAAAACCAAAAAAGCACUGCCUCCAGCAUUUAUCCGAGGUCCUGUCCACUGUUUGUGGUCCUGAAAUGGCAGGCAAGGAGAUAAUGAAAAGAAUCAGUCUUUGUCUGAUAUCUGCAGACUUCUCUCUUGCCUCUUUUUCUUGCUCAUAAGCAAGAACACAUGAUUUUGUGCCCUACUGAGGUCUGCUGAAUCAUAUAUUUCGCAAAGUCCUCAUUUUAUCUUCCACUUGCUCAAUUAUUACCUAAAAGUUUAUACAGGCCCUGCAGUUUGUGCUGCUCAGGAAAUGAACAGUGUCGUCUGUGUCUAUGCCUCAGGUGGUCAGAAACUGCACAGAACCUUGUCUUUUUAUUCAUUUAACCAAAUAUCCAAGCACCUCCCUUUUGUAUCAGCAAGAGAACAAUUUGCAUCAAUUACUACUUUCUAAUCUAUUUGCUGGGAUGAAAAUGGAAUUAAAUGGGAGUAUGGUCUAUUAGAGCAGUUGUCAAUUCCCCUAGACUUGUGUUUCCUUUAGGUCCUGUCCACUGCUUGUGGACAUUUCUGAAUGGACCUUAUGCUUCUGAGCAUGAGCUAACUUCCCUCUUUGAAAAGAAAAGGAGAAAGCUCUCUCAUGGGAUGACCAAGACCUUGAGGAAACCGCAGGUAUAGUUAAAUUAGGCAGUGUUUGUUUUUCCUUAGAUCAUAGUUUUAAAAACAUGUUUCACGGCUACUUGUACAUUUAUUUGCUUUAGAAAGCCAGAAUGCUGUGAAAUGUGCCGGGGCCUUCCCUUCCCUUCACUCCCUCCUUUGCAGAAACAAGGUGCACUUGGAUGUGCAGGCAUGCAUACACAAGAGUGUAGUGCAUAUUAUUUAGGUGUGUGGCAGGCUGUGCAAAUGUGUGUUCAACUGUUGGUGGUACUAAGUGUAGAGAGAGAUAGUUUUGCAUUAUCCCAAAUGAGUGGUCAGCAAGUGGAACCUGCAACAAAAUGUUGCAAUGUGGUGUGCCAGCUAACCUUUUCUAGGAUACUCUGUUCUAUUCUCUCUCUUUAACUGUAAGUCAGCAUGUUGUGCCUACUGGCCAUGCUCAGUCCUCAGUGAACAUCCCCCCCCCCCCCCGUGUGUGUGUUUACCCCUCAUCCCUGUAGGGCUUUCCCUCUAAAUAUUUUUCUUGUACUGCUAUAAACCUUGGGUUUUCCCCAAACCUGUUUGUGUGUGUGAAUGUUGCCAUUUUGACUAUAAAAUCAGUUUGCUAUUAGUUUAUAGGUUACACUGUAAAGACCCGUGAGUACAAAACAGUCACAUUGACACUACUGAAUUGCAACAUAUUCCCCCCCAUUCUAUAAACAGAAUGCAAGUGUGGUGAGACAGGGUUGCCAUAUUUCAAAAAGUAAAAACCAGGAUACCCCAAAAGCAUUUUUAAAGGAAACCCGCAAAAUUGUUCUCCCCCCCCCCCGUCAAUUCCACCUUUGAAAGCCCUAGGUGAGAUGCAAAAGAGGAGAGGGUUUCUGUUGAAAAGGGGAUUUCAGCAAGGGGUGAGAAAAGCUCUUCUGUGAAAUAAUUAAAGCUGUAGGCCUUCUUCUCUUUUUGAUCUGAUAGCCAUGACAAUAUGUUGUGAAAUCAGAGUUCCUGUGGAAAGUUUUAUUCUUGUUGACCCAGGAAAUGGGGGAGUCUGAAGCUUGGAAAAUGUCCUUAUCCCCACUCUGCUGUUUGGAAAGUCAACAUAGCAGCUGAAAUUAGCAACAAGGAUAAAAUAAAUGAGGCCUGGAGCUAGUCAAGAAGCAAAUCCCUAGUGGAUUUGACCUUGGCUAUCACUGAAGAUAAGACCCAUAAUAAACUUAUAAGGAGGGUUAGUUAGUUUGUUUUACUGUGUAGGUCUGAUCCCACAUCUCAGAAUCGCUGAAGGGCAGCAGUAAGGCUAUUGCCACCUCUUAUUAAUUUUGGGUGGAUAAGAUAUCUCAGUAUUGUCACAGAAAAGGGACUUCCAAGAGUAUCACACAACUACUAAAAUGUAAUUGGAAUGAACAGUGCAAUCCUAUAUAUGUCUCCCUGGAAGCAAGUGCCACUGAGUUCAGUGCAGUUUGCUUCCAUGUAAGUGGGUGUAGAAUUGCUGUCUUUGUUAGAUACUUUAUAGUUUGAAUUGACCUUAAGUCAAUCUAGCCCUGUCUUUAUACUCCAAUCCUAAGUGCACUUACUAGGAAUUUAGGUUGUAAUAUACUCGCAUACCUGGAAGUAGGUCUCAUUAAAAUCAAGGGUUUACUUCUAGGUAGGCAUGCAUAGGAUUGUACUGCAAGUCUCACUGAGCUCAACAGAAUACACUUCCAAAUAGGCCUGCAUAGGAUCCCUCUCUGCAGAUAAUUUUGAUUUUAUUGCUGCCUCUAUGAGGAGAAUUGAUAUUCUGCAGAGGAAAAGGGUAGGGCUACUUGCUCAGCUGGUUUAAGACAACAAGAUUCUCCCUAACCAUAAUUCUGUCUAUGUAAAUAGAGGUUAGAGAAUUCUAACUUUAUUUGCAGCACUCUUGCCAAGCUGCAAUUCCCAGGACUAUUUUUCAGCAGCCAGACUCACCUCAGCUGGCCAGUUAAAAGGGUAUCAAACAUACAAGGAGCUGCCAUCCCUGUUUGCCCUGUUUGCCGAUAUUGUCUACUAUCCUUCCCCAACACCUCUUUACACCUCACCCACCUGUCUCCCCACAGCCCACUUCAAGCCCCUCACCUCCUGCUCCACACCUGCUUUUUAAAAGAGAGGAGAGGUGCUUCACAGUAUGGCUUGCUAAGUUUGCUGGAUUUGAGUUAAAUGCUUUGCUGAAUCAGAGCCUUUGGUUGUUGCUUAGCAGCAUACCUACUGACCAGCAAGGGCAUUUUGUUCAAUGCAUUUCUACUCAUGACCUUCGUGUCCCUCUAUUCUGUUUUAUGUAGUUAAUUAUUCACAAAUUGAAAGUGAAUUCUUCCCAAACUCAAAUCAAUUAAUGAUCUCUUUUUAUGUUACGCUGCAUACAUCUUAAUGGUUCUGUUCCUUAUAUUAGAAUGCUUCAAGGCACCAAUUUUUAAAUUUUAUUUUAGUCUUAACAUGAUCAGCAACUAUUUUUGACAGUCAUGUUCUUCUGCCUCAAACACCUGACAAGCAGAAAGUCUGCCGGUGAUUUUUUAAAAAACAAGGAGAUACAAGGUGAUGAGAAAAAACUUUAUCUACUUAUUUGCAACAUACCUUUUUACUGUACUUUACUGUACAAAUAUAGGGUCAGUAAAAAAAGAAAAUGGAGACCUGGAAAGCCAGUGAUAUGGGCAUAUGCAUAAGAGGGCUUGUACUUCAUGAGGAGGAGGAGCAAGACUGAUUUUGGAGAGAGAGUCAGUCUCUGUAGCACAGAAGGGAGCUCUGUAUGGAAUGAGAGGACUAUGAAGUGUUUCUGAGAGGGGGAGGUGUGCAUUGUAGCACCAUGAAUAGGCUGUUUAUAAUCCAAGGAAACCAGUCCCUGGGGUCAUAUGCUGGACAGUUUUGGUCUGUUCCAGCAGUGUCAUGCUUGGCAUUUAAUGAGCUAGUCUUUUAUAUCCAAAAGAGAUGUGAAUUUGGACUGGCGAAGAGGCUGAUGGUAGAGAGUUUGCCUUCAGCCCUGGUAUCCACAAGCUGUACCUCAUUUUCCCUAAAGAGACCAUAAACUGUACUCUCCCAGGGUUUGUUUGUUCUGCUUACAGGUCCAAGAUUCUUUUUGGGGGUAAAUCUGGGUUGUCUUUUCUCUCUAAAUGCAACUUACUAUUGUUCUUGUAUAAAUGAUUAUCCCCUCAUAAACAAACAAGCAAGAGCUUUGUUAUGCAUAGUAUAGGAACAUCUGAAGGUUUCUGUUAGGGUUGCCAACAUUCAUACCAGCCCUGUUCCUGACCAUUUAACUGCAGUCUAAUGAGCAGAAAUUUAACAACUUUUCCUAGCAAGGAGGCAAAAGUAAUGAGGAAAGCUCCACUUAGUAACAUAGCCUCCCCCCCACACACCAGGCUGCCCCUACCAAGAAGGGAACGGGGCCCUUAAAAAGUUGGCAACCCAGCAUUUCAACAUGUCUUACUUGCAAUGUAAGUUAUGAAAUGAAAAAUGAAAUGAAAUAAUGAAAUGAAAUGUAUGUCCCUACUACUAUUUGAUUUACACAAUACAGUACUAACAAAACAGAGAAGUGGAAGAAAAUGCUGAAAUUAUGGUUUGUGGGACACAGCGCAAAAGAAGCAUCCCCUCCUCCAAAGAUGACCGAGGAACUGAUUCUGCUUCCGCUGGGAUUGCUGAAAUGCAAUGCACCUGAGUCUGCGUUCCUGAAUGACUGUCUCAGGUGCAUAAGUAGUGGCCUUAGGGCUUUGUGUGUGCGUGCCUGCGAACGUUUAAAAUAGAAACAAUCAAUCUGUAUAAUGAGGAGCCUCUACUGUAGCUUUCCCAGAUAAUUCCAGAUAAUUUACCGCAAAAGUAUUCUUGUUUUACAGCCCCACUGACUGUUCAUGGUUGAAAUGACAGAGUACUGUCAUCAGCAUGUUGCUCUUUAUGUCAGACUUACCUGCUGCUGCUCCUAUACCUUGCACACAGAUUCUGUUUUACUUUGUGAUUAGAUUCCUUUCAGUCUUCCUUCCCAGCCGUGCAGCCUUAUUACCUCUUCUCUCUUUGGCUUUUUCUGCAAGCAAAACAAUCUGGGUGAUUAUGAUGAAUGCAUUUCAAACACCUUCCUUGUCUCCCUUCCUCCGCCACCUCUCAAAACUAAUGGGUGGAUCUGGUUAGUUUUUCUUCACUGCUUUAUAGCUACAGCCUUUUUGCAACUCAAGAAAAAACAGACACCUGCCACAUGUAUUGGUUAAAAUGGUUUGUACACUAGGAUGUUUUCCUGUUCCUUUAGCCCAAUUAAAAUGGAUGUGAGCAGUGAUAAAACAUGGUUGUGCUGCUAUACAACUCCCAUGCAUUUUAAAGGGCCUUUCACAACAGAGUCUCUAUAUCCGUUGUGACAUAAUAUGUUGGGAGACGGGGGAUCUGUGUAUCUCCAGAUUUUGUUGGACUCCAGUUUCCACCAGCUCCAGCCGACAUGUUCAGGGAUGAUGCGUGCUGUAGUCCAGGAACAUCUGGAUGGCCUCAGGUUUCCCGCCCCUGCUCUAGAGAUAGUCUCAUAAGUAAUUACUGCUAGAAAUUACUUGGUUAACAGCAGGCAGAUCCAUCAGGUUCCAAACAUCUUAGGAAAAGUUAUCAUUAAUGAUUCUGUGAUAUGACAUACGUAAUUGCAUUGGACCUCUCCAAGAGACCAUUUUCUUAAGAAUUUCUUUUCUGUGCACAUUACCUGUUGAUAAUCCACACAUAUUGUUUAGCUAUCUGUUAACCUGAAAAUAUAUGCACCACAACUGAGAUGUUACCCAUUCUACAAUUUGAACACAGAGUAUACACACUACGUGAAAGUUUAGUUAGGGUUGUCAUAUGUCCAGAUUUUCCUGGACAUACCCAGAAUACUGAAGUUGAAAGCAGUGUCUGGGCAGAAAUUGGUGAAAUGUCCUGGAAAAUCCAUAUGGCAACCCAUGGCGGCAGUGUCAUUUUGCUGAUUUUUCUUAAAAAUGGUUUAAAAACGCAAAAAACACACAACAACUUUUGUGUUUGGAUUUUCACCUUUUGAAAUGUGGCAACCCUGAUUUAGACAUCUGCACAGUCCAGGAAGGGUGUGCAGCGGAAUAAAGAGCUCUCCUCUGAAAAAUCAGUAAAAGAGACAGUACAUUUCUAAAAUACUGGGGCUCCAUUAUGCUUGGAAGUUACGUUUUCCGUCUGGAGACAUUGCCCUCUAAACACGGAAAUGUGGUGGUUAGGGUUGCCAACUUCUUUUUGGACCUGGGCUCCUCUGGACAGAUUUCUAAAGGGCAUAUGUGCUGCUGCCCAAAAGGGCCUGUUUCUUGUAGCUACCAGCUCUGCCUCUGAGAGUUGUGGCCAGGUUUCACCCGCCCAUGAGGUGACAGUAUCCCUGGGGGCAGCAGAUCCCGAUGUCAAUCUUUCUUGCCCCCUUGUUCCUCAUGUAUAUCUUCUCACUCCAUCUUCCUUGGCAGGGAGGGAGGAGACACAGGUUAGCCUCAGGCUGUCCCUGGUUGUGGCAGGCCAGAAAAGGGGUUUGGGAGACAAAUCAAGCACACAAGGCAGUUUAUGUUGGAAAAAGUUCUACCAGAGGUAUCCUUGUCCAGGACAUUGAGGACUGUAAAAGAACUAGCACCUUGGAUUGUGCCUGGAAACUAACCUGUGGUCCAGACCAGUGCAGUUUUUCUAGCACUGCACAAACUCUGCAGUCCAUUCUUGACCACUAACCAAGAAGCUGUGAUUCUGGACCAGCUACUGUUUCCCAUUUUCAAGGGAGGAACCAAACAGUCUGGCUGUAAGGCUGACCAUGGAUUUCAUACAUCCAACUGUUACAGACUUGCACAGUUACUUGUGACCCACUGAGCAUUGUUGUUGUUUAGUCGUUUAAUCGUGUCCGACUCUUUGUGACCACAUGGACCAGAGCACGCCAGAGACUUAUAUGCCUGUUGUCUUUGUCCAUGGAGUUUUCUUAGCAGGGAUACUGGAGUGGCUUGCUGGUUCCUGCUCCAGGUGGAUCACGUUUGGUCAAAACUCUCCACUAUGACCUGUCCAUCUUGGGUGGCCCUGCACGGCAUAGCUCAUAGCUUCUCUGAGUUAUUCAAGCCCCUUCGCCACGGCAAGGCAGUGAUCCAUGAAGGGGAAAUGUAGCAUACCACUUAUUUUUUGUGACUACUAGGUGUUUGACAAGUUCUCUGUAUUGUAUUUCUGCCCCCCCACUCCCAGUGAGUUUCUUACUCCCCCCAGUACUUAGAUAACACUAAGUUAUCAGCUAACAUGGCAAUAUAAGGUCACCUAUGAAGGAAGUACACCUUUUUUGUCCUUCACAGUGGGUUCUGGUAGGAUUUACACUACCAAAUUAUAUAAAGACAAUAAACUUGAGAAAAAGGUAUUUAAUAAAAAAACCCAAACUAAUUUACUUCAAAACUUCAAAUAAUAUCUGCAUAUGGCCAGUGCUAUUUUCCUAGAAAAAGAGGUGCCAGAACUCACCAUGAACACAUCCCUUGUUCUCUUAGAAUGACAAUGGUGCCCACCUGAGAGGUGUCAGAACUGAGUUCCAGCUGAAAAAAGCCCUGCAUAUGGUAUACGUGCAUAGAAUAAAGACCAAAAACACAAAAUUGUCAUCAUUGUAAUUAACAAACACAUUUUAAAAACUUUUAAAAAAGCCAUAAUCGAGCAUUUCCCCUCUAUAAGGAGUCUUGCUCAAAAUGAUUUUAUGUAAUUAUGAAAUCUACAUAAAUGUGUAUGUAAAGAAAUUGUAUUACAUCUUUUAGUACACACUGCCCUUCUGAGGUGAUAAACACUUGAAAAUAACAGCAACUGCAGUUUAAUCAUUAAUAUUAACAUAGGAACUGAAAACUAUCAACAGCUAAAAACCUUCAGGCAUAGCCCAUUAAUUAAUCAAGUGCAGACUGGAAUAAAAACAUCUUCAGAGAUUUCUUUUAAAACAUAAAUAAUGAUGCAAUAGUAUGUGUUUUCAUGGAGAGGAAGUGCCAAAGGUGUGGGGCCAAAAGGUCUUAUAUCUGUUACCCAGCAAUCUAACAGCUCCUAGUGACAGGCUGGAGAUCAGGGUGGUCCUUGGAUAACCUGAUCCCAAACUGUUUAGGGUUUAAAAAGCCAAAGCCAGCACACUGAAAUGACUUGGAAUCAAUCCAGAAUAGGCAGGGCUGAUCCACCCAUGAGGCAAGGGGAGGCAACUGCCUCAGGCUGCAGGAUCCCACAGGGGCAGCAGAUCUGGCUUUCAAUGCAUAGUCUGCUGCUGCCGCCGCCAUCUCAAUGACAGCAAAAACUGUGGUGCACUCCUUGGAGGCUGAAUCUGUCACCUCCUCAACAGCUCCUCCUAUGCUGGCUCUAGAGUGGCCUCUUGGCGAAUAGAAGGUGCUGCUGGUCUCCUUCCCCCAUUGUUCCCAAUGUAAAUCUCUCUCUCCCCCCCUUCCUGGAUGUAGAGCUUCACUCACCCCUUCUUUCCUAGCAGAGUCCCCCCACCAUUUUGUGGUUUACCUUGGGCCUGGUCCUCAGAAUAGGCUGAAUAUGAUCUGAAUGCCUAGAUUAAUUUGAUGCAUAGCAAUAGAAAAGAGAAACUCCUGAGUGCAAUAUUAAAAUUGACUGGAAAAUGUACUUGCACUAUAGCAGUAGACAUUAUUCCACCCAUGCCACCACAUUUUUAUGCUUCACCUUGAUCACUGAGGUCUUCUGAUGGGGCAUAGGAGGCCAACCCCAGUUCAGCUGGCCUUCACCACGAACUGAGAAUAUAGUGUGGCAGACCCUGACCUGCAGAACUCCUUGCCAGUAGAGGUUCAUCAGGAGUCAUCUGCUCGCUUUUAGACAUCUUCUGAAAAACAGGCUUUUUGAACCUGAGGUUUUUUUUUUUUGCCAAACAGCUGGUAUGCCUGGUGUUUUUCUUGUUUUUAUUAUAGUAUUGUAUUUUUAGUUUGUAUGCUGCCUUGCAGUAUUUAAUAUGAAAGUAUGCUUAUACAUAUUUAAACAAAAUAAAUAAAAAGUGUAUUCUUUUGUCGGUGUAUUUUAAUAUUGUGCAAGGAGGCACUGUGUUCAGUGGACAAAGUGACUGAGGCCAGUCCUUACCUCUCAGCUUAACCUACCUCAGAGGAUUAAAUUAGAGUGAGGGAUGGGGAAGAUCUUGUAUGCUGCUUUGAAUUCUCUGGAGGAAAAGUGGGAUAUUAUUUAAUAAAUAAUAUGCCUGCUCUAUUUUCUCUGAUCAAACAGGUCUUGUCAGGUUUUGAAGCACUAUACUAACCAUUAAAUAAGCAUUGUGUUUGUCUGGAGAUGCUAAUAGGAUGUGUGUGGGGAGGGGGUAGGAUUGUGUAUCCCAUGCAUAGACAGUUUAUUAUGCCACAGGGGGAGUGUGUGUCCCAUUGACACUUUAACCUCAGAUAUAUGUGUUGUCUGUCCCUAAACUGUGGUAAAUUAAACCACCCUGGACCAAAGUGCAGGCAUCACUCUGCCAUGCCAACUGCACAGUUGUAAAAAAUCCUGACGUGACGGAAAGGUUAACAGAAAAAUUACUGAGGGAAUCAUAAUGAUUUUAGAAAGUGUGACCUACAAAUGCUGGCGUAGUCGGUGUCAAUAAUGACACACAAUCAAUGCAGUGGGAAAGGGAAAUCCAGGCAUAUGGAAAGAGUGACAGUUCUGGGCCAAAGUUAAUCUUUAGUGCUGGAAAGCAACUCCUUUGGCAUAAUUAAGUGGACUUUUCACAAGCCCUUGCAAUAAUGUACCUCCAUUAAGGGUCCAUUAAGGAAGUUAAAUAAACAAGUGUAAGGUGCAAAGUCUCGUUAGGAAUUAAAAGGUCUUUCUAACUGUAAGCGGUAGCAGACGGUGCUUGUCCCUGCUUCUUGCAGCUUGGAGUGGGAGCAGCGCUAAUGGCUUGGAAGACACACACAUGACCCCUCAUGAGAUUUGCUUAAUGGCACACAUGUGGGAGUUCAGCUAAGACAGGGGGGGCCAAACUUUUUUCAAAGAGGGGCAGAUUUGAUGAAGUGAACAUGUGUGAGGGCCGACCAAAGUAGUUGAGCUUUUUAAAGGAUUUUACCCCAGGAAAUAAACUGCCACAGGGGCUGGGGCUGGAUUAAACCGAUGGGCGUGCCAGAUUAAGCCCCCAAACGGACUUUGGACAUGCCUGAGCUAAGUCAUCCAGAUGGUGGAACGUGCAGCGCAAUGGAAGACACAAAGCAACGUAGGUACAUCUCCAGCUUUGAAGAGAGGCUAGUCGUCUUUUGAGGUGCAUGUAAGUUUUCCCCAGGUUUAGGUCAAUUGGCAUGUUACAACUGUAAUUCUUACUGUGUACUAGGAGAGUGAUGUGGUUUUGUACAGAAAAGCUCCAAGUGCAACCAAAGUGGGCUGUCUUCUGUCCCUCAUUUCCAUGACAAAACUGUUAAGUCUAAACAUACUGUUGCUUGGUAAACUGAUGCACAUGUACUGUUUUCUGUAGGGCUCUUAAGGCAGAAGGGAUUGCACCACCUGUGUAGUAAUCAGGAAAAUGCAAAUAUCCUGGAAUUAUUGGUGUGGAGAUAUGGGUGGAAAAGUAGAGUGGGCAUCUUGCUGCAUAUUUAUUUAGUGGAAGAUAUAUGCAUUAAGUUCUAAGUUGCAGAUAUGAAGCAGCCUAACCCCUUGACUUUUUGUUAUCUAGUUUGUGAUGCUUGCAGUCUGGGUUAUGUUGCGAGCCCACGCACUAAACCCUGUCCCUGGAGCCUACCUGCCAGGAAUGAGACAUGACAACAAUGUAUGGGCUUAAAUGAGGCCACAACUUUAUUGAAUUUCAGGUGUAGGAACCUUGGCUUAGGCCUUGGAAGGUAUCCCUCUCAUAGGCUGAGGAUGUGCAGGGCAGUCAGGUGUUGUGGGAGGGGACUGUAAAACGUGAACUUACACAGUGUGCCCUCCCACUUCGCCGAAGCUGGGAGUUUGACUGUAUGCUGCUGCUCCAGCGCCAGUGACUCCUGCAAGCAACCCUUUCACGGAUCCAGCUGACGCCGCUGCACGGGGAUGCAUGCAUAUGCUACCCCCAUCUCAAAGAUAGACUAUAGAAUACCAACCAAGGCCUAAAACCGCCAAAGUUGUGACAAAUUGCUACGGGGACGGCAAAACUUGCCAAUGCAGGGAAAUUCCUUCCCUGUUCUGAACACAGCAACCAUCUUACAACUAUAGCAGUGCCCGCUGACCUAGGAAGCAAGAGGUUAGCCUGCAAAAGAGGAUCGGGUUAUAUUUUAGGGAGGGUUGGGUGGGUGAACCUGGAAAGAAAACAAAGUGAGCUUCGGCCUAAGAGCAUCGGCCUUUUUCCGAUCCCUCGCCCUGCCCCCAGCCUGCAGCCCAUUGACCUGCUGAGAUGGGGAUGGGGAGAUGGCAACCCUGUAGCCAAGGUGGGUGGCACCCUGGUCUCGGGAACCGCUGUGCGGUGUCGCAAACCCUGCCCCCCUCUUUGAGGGGGUGAGCAGUAGUUGUGUUCUGUCAGGGCAAAAGAGAAUAUCUGGAGAAUUUUCAUGACUGGGUUGCAACAAAGUGGUCUUGAUGGUAGCUGUCACUCCUUUUAAGUAGGUCUGUGUGACAACGAAAAGCAGAUCAUGGAAAAUAAAUGGUGAGCUGGAUCCACACUCACAGGCACAAAAAAUUAUUAACUGGCCCUUCACUAUAUAGCGUAGACGUGGUGAACCUUUGGUCUGCCAGGAGUUGCUGAAGUACAACUCCCAUUAUCCCUGUCCAUUGGCCAUGCUUGGGAGUUGUAGCUUAGCAAUGUCUAGAGGGCCAAAGGUUACUCACACUUGCCUUACAGAGUGAAGGGUUGCAUUGUUCCCCUCCUCCACACAUCCACACUAUGUAGUCUCCGUUACGAUUGUUGUUGUUUAGUCGUUUAGUCGUGUCCGACUCUUCGUGACCCCAUGGACCAGAGCACGCCAGGCACUUCUGUCCUCCACUGCCUCCCGCAGUUUGAUCAAACUCAUGCUGGUAGCUUCAAGAACACCAUCCAACCAUCUCAUUCUCUGUCGUCCCCUUCUCCUUGUGCCCUCCAUCUUUCCCAACAUCAGGGUCUUUUCCAGGGAGUCUUCUCUUCUCAUGAGGUGGCCAAAGUAUUGGAGCCUCAGCUUCAGGAUCUGUCCUUCCAGUGAGCACUCAGGGCUGAUUUCCUUCAGAAUGGAGAGGUUUGAUCUUCUUGCAGUCCAUGGGACUCUCAAGAGUCUCCUCCAGCACCAUAAUUCAAAAGCAUCAAUUCUUCGGCGAUCAGCCUUCUUUAUGGUCCAGCUCUCACUUCCAUACAUCACUACUGGGAAAACCAUGGCUUUUACUAUACGGACCUUUGUUGGCAAGGUGAUGUCUCUGCUUUUUAAGAUGUUGUCUAGGUUUGCCAUCGCCUUUCUCCCAAGGAGCAGGCGUCUUUUAAUUUCGUGACUGCUGUCACCAUCUGCAGUGAUCAUGGAGCCCAAGAAAGUAAAAUCUCUCACUGCCUCCAUUUCUUCCCCUUCUAUUUGCCAGGAGGUGAUGGGCCCAGUGGCCAUGAUAUACUUUAUAAUGAUCUAGAGCUUCAGACCAUAUUUUGCGCUCUCCUCUUUCACCCUCAUUAAAAGGUUCUUUAAUUCCUCUUCACUUUCUGCCAUCAAGGUUGUGUCAUCUGCAUAUCUGAGGUUGUUGAUAUUUCUUCCAGCAAUCUUAAUUCCGGCUUAGGAUUCAUCCAGCCCAGCCUUUCGCAUGAUGAAUUCUGCAUAUAAGUUAAAUAAGCAGGGAGACAAUAUACAGCCUUGCCGUACUCCUUUCCCAAUUUUGAACCAAUCAGUUGUUCCAUAUCCAGUUCUAACUGUAGCUUCUUGUCCCACGUAGAUAUUUCUCAGGAGACAGAUGAGGUGAUCAGGCACUCCCAUUUCUUUAAGAACUUGCCAUAGUUUGCUGUGGUCGACACAGUCAAAGGCUUUUGCAUAGUCAAUGAAGCAGAAGUAGAUGUCUUUCUGGAACUCUCUAGCUUUCUCCAUAAUCCAGCGCAUGUUUGCAAUUUGGUCUCUGGUUCCUCUGCCUCUUCUAAAUCCAGCUUGCACUUCUGGGAGUUCUCGGUCCACAUACUGCUUGAGCCUUCCUUGUAGAAUUUUAAGCAUAACCUUGCUAGCAUGUGAAAUGAGUGAAAUUGUGCGGUAGUUGGAGCAUUCUUUGGCACUGCCUUUCUUUGGGAUUGGGAUGUAGACUGAUCUUCUCCAAUCCUCUGGCCACUGCUGAGUUUUCCAAACUUGCUGGCAUAUUGAGUGUAGCACCUUAACAGCAUCAUCUUUUAAAAUUUUAAACAGUUCAGCUGGAAUACCAUCACUUCCACUGGCCUUGUUAUUUGCAGUGCUUUCUAAGGCCCAUUUGACUUCACUUUCCAGGAUGUCUGGCUCAAGGUCAGCAACCACACUACCUGGGGUGUACGAGACAUCCAUAUCUUUCUGGUAUAAUUCCUCUGUGUAUUCUUGCCACCUCUUCUUGAUGUCUUCUGCUUCAGUUAGGUCUUUACCACUUUUGUCCUUUAUUAUGGUAAUCUUUGUAUGAAAUGUUCCUUUCAUAUUUCCAAUUUUCUUGAACAGAUCUCUAGUUCUUCCCAUUCUGUUGUUUUCCUCUAUUUCUUUGCAUUGCUCGUUUAAGAAGGCCUUCUUGUCUCUCCUUGCUAUUCUUUGGAAAUCUGCAUUCAAUUUCCUGUAUCUUUCACUAUCUCCCUCGCAUUUUGCUUGCCUUCUCUCCCCCGCUAUUUGUAAGGCCUCGUUGGACAGCCACUUUGCUUUCUUGCAUUUCUUUUCCAUUGGGAUGGUUUUAGUUGCUGCCUCCUGUAUAAUGUUGCGAGCCUCCACCCAUAGUUCUUCAGGCACUCUGUCCACCAAAUCUAAAUCCUUAAACCUGUUCCUCACUUCCACUGUGUAUUCAUAAGGGAUUUGACUUAGAUUGUAUCUUACCGGCCCAGUGGUUUUCCUACUUUCUUCAGUUUAAGCUUGAAUUUUGCUAUAAGAAGCUGAUGAUCUGAGCCACAGUCAGCUCCAGGUCUUGUUUUUGCUGACUGUAUAGAGCUUCUCCAUCUUUGGCUGCAGAGAAUAUAAUCAAUCUGAUUUCGAUGUUGCCCAUCUGGUGAUGUCCAUGUGUAGAGUCGUCUCUUGUGUUGUUGGAAAAGCGUGUUUGUGAUGACCAGCUUGUUCUCUUGACAGAACUCUAUUAGCCUUUGCCCUGCUUCAUUUUGAUCUCCAAGGCCAAACUUGCCAGUUGUUCCUUUUAUCUCUUGAUUCCCUACUUUAGCAUUCCAAUCCCCUAUAAUGAGAAGAACAUCCUUCUUUGGUGUCACUUCUAUAAGGUCUUGUAAGUCUUCAUAGAAUUGGUCAAUUUCAGUUUCUUCAGCACCAGUAGUUGGUGCAUAAACUUUGAUAACUGUGAUGUUAAAAGGUCUGCCUUGGAUUCGUAUCGAGAUCAUUCUAUCAUUUUUGAGACUGCAUCCCAGUACAGCUUUCGCCACUCUUUUGUUGACUAUGAGGGCCACUCCAUUUCUUUUACGGAUUUCUUGCCCACAGUAGUAGAUAUGAUAGUCAUCCGAACUGAAUUCGCCCAUUCCCGUCCAUUUUAGCUCACUGAUGCCCAGGAUGUCAAUAUUUAUUCUUGCCAUCCGUUACGAUAGUUCACAGUAAAGCACUAAAGAUUGUGUACACAAAUUCAGUGUUUUUUAAUUCAUUACCUUGGUAGAUUAACUUAAAACUUUAUUUGGUCAUCAUUAUGUCUCCUUUGGAAACUCCUCUGUAAGAGAGUUAGGAUGCCCAUCACACACCAUGUUAAUACAGUCCUACUUCUUGAAGUCCCAGUGCUGUGAACAGUCGAGACAGUAUGUAGCUUCUGUGGAAAAGGCAGAGUUUGCAGAUCUUCAUCUCUGAGAUACCCGGACCACUUUGGAAUCCAAAAUAGCUUGGAUCCAAGGCAGUCUAGGGUGUAGCUGCCUAGCUCCGAAGCUCUGGAACAGUGUUAGAAUCUUGGGAAGUCUCCUAAUGAGGCAUCUGAUCAAGGCCUGUAUUUUAAAAUGAGCUUAAAGAUAUAUUUGCAAAUGUUUGUAUGUUUCAUGCCAGGCAGAAAGCAGUUGGCUAAGUACUCUGGCAGUUGUUUAUCUUCCUGCUCUCCUGGACAAGGGCCCCCCUGAUUUACAGCAGUAGCAGGAGACAAGUUUCUCAAAGUUGUAAAAGGGAAUUACAGGCUGGGAGCAAAGGUUAUACUGACCCUACAUAUUACAGAAUACAAUCAAGCUGCAAAAACACUAAUUAAGAGUUGGUAAAUAGUGAGAUUUAUUGUUUAACAGAAAAUAAUACCAUGUGCCUCCCAUCAGACUCUAGCCAUAUUUUCCUAAAGUUAAAGGGCAAAGAGCUAAUGGGAAAAGCAGCUGGCUGGGAAAGAGGGGUGUAAACUGAAGAGGCUUCUUUGAAGCUGUUUUUACUGAGUUCCUUUUUACUUUGAAAAGGCCUUUUCUUCUAAAAAGCUAUCUAUGUUAUGUAUGAGAUUUGUUGGCUUAAUGUAAUUAUGCAAAGGAUUUAGAAAGUAAGAAAUGUUAGAUUCUUAUGUUAGAUUCUUAUUUAAUUGAUGGUGUGUGAGAAUGUGAACCCAAGAUCUCUGUUUAGAUAGAAUUUAAUACCAUGAGCCAUCUGUUUUAGCCAUUUGUUUUGGAAUGCAGGAGCAACAGGGGCAAAAGGUGAUCUGGUAAUUAAGGUGCCUUGUCAAGGCAAAUGUAAGAUAUAUGGCUACUUGUCUGCCAUUUAUGGAUAGAAGGAAAUAUAGCUCUUUGUCUCCCAUAAAAGGUAAUAGGAAAUGGGUGUAUCUUUUAUGAUUGGUUCUAGCAAACAGCCAAUAGGAAAUUUCAACCAGGCUGAUUGGACAGAGGCAGCCAAAGGAGGAGCAAGGGGGCUGGGCUAGGAAAUAUAAGUGCUGGCCAUCAGGGCUGGAGUGGGCAGAGCUUUGGUAACCAUAUACCACUGUGUCUAUCAUUUAUUUGUCUGACAAAUAAAUUAUUAUUUUAAUUUCUCUAUUGCUGCGUUGAAUAUUUCAUUCCAGCUAAGCGUUAACCACGAGCAGGGUGCUACACUAAGGUGUUCUUAAAAUAUAUAUUUUGUAACCUUGUCCUACUUCUUUAUUAACUAAAAAUACCAGACACAAAAGAGGCAGGAAGUAGGGGAGGGAUUCUGUGACUUGCAGUUCUAGCUGCCAGUCAAGGUUUGAAUUUUACCAGGUCUCUCCUUUCACUUUCAAUUGCACUGCUUUUGGGAGGAACUCAUCCACCUAAAUCCUAACCAAUUUUUUGCUUUGUGACUUUAGGGCAAAUUGAGCAGUAAAGAAUCUAGGACUUUGUAAAGCCUCAAAGACUUGUUUUGUUCAUUCCUUCUGUUUCGAUUUUACAUUAUAUUUGAAAAUCAAUGAAAAAUGCAAAAAAUAUACUGAUUUUAUUCAAAAUUCCCUAACCUCUGUAUCUAUCCUUCUGCAAAUGUUUCAGGGAAUGUACCUUAAGGGCACAUUAUGUGACAUGUUUCUACAAAGUACCCACAAAACCAUAGGGCAGGGCAUCAAAGCUUUUUAAAUUAUUUCAAACUUGUCAUCUAAUGGAGGUGAAUUCAUAUGGUACUGACUAGCAGAUAUACAAGGGCACAGCCAUAAUUCUUUUGUCUAUGGGAAAAUAUAUGUAGCUGUGCCCUUGUGCAUCUGCUAUGUGGAGAGCUGAGCCCUCCAACCCAUUUGAGCUUGACAUGUCAUUUUAAUUUAAACAAUCCCAAGAGAAAUAGCAGGAAGCUAAAGGGGCGCAUCCAGCAGUAAUUCAUUGGUGACCUCUAAGGCAAAUGCUAUUAAGAUCAUAGCCUUGUAAAUGAAACUGGAGGAAUUUCUGCAAGAGGUUCUCUUCUGCCUGUGGGAUCUUUUGUGGGCCACAGUGUCAGGCCAAGGCAUUUUGCUGCCUGAGGCAGAGUGGCAAAACAGCACCCCUCUCCCAAGUCAAGGUGCCUAGUAUUCAAGGUUGGUUGAGUUAUUUUGGCACCUGCAGCAGAAAAUCCCACAAGUACUUCUCCCUGCCCCACUCCCCGGCACUAAAAAAAUUACCAUAAUAAAUUAAGUAACUAAUUUGUUGCCCAUUUAUGAUUCUCUGUCAAGUGCUGGGGCUGGCCCAGCCCAUCAUUACAUAAUGGGUUGCUAGCCUAGUCAAGUGGCUGAGAUAAGGAGCAGAGGGAUUGCAGACUUCUGGGUCUGGGUAGAUAGGAAUGGAGAAUUUGUCUACUCCACAUAUUGUAGACCUAAGGGAAGGGUGUGGAGAAGCAGCAAAGCCAGGGGAAAGUUUUGGCAGUUGUUAGAUUUGCGGGGCGUUAGCUCUGUUGAGCAUAAGGCAUUCUGAACCUGCUCAGAGCACCUCUGCAUACAUGCCAACUGCCCCUCGUUCUGUUCUAGCUCUUGGUAAGUGCCUAUUUUUGUUUUGUUGGGGAAAUGCCUUAUUUGAACUUUGUUAGGUGGAGUUCCUAGCUAUGCCAUCCUUUUGAGUUUCAGCUGCCUACUCCAGGUCUGCAGAAAUGGGGGAGGAGGGGGGACGCAUCUUGCCUCUAGCAUGCAUCCAUGUAAAUUAGGGUGGUGAAUCCUUUUUUAAAAAAUCUGUUGAGGGUCCACAUUCAGUGGGGGGAGGCUCUGCAAACCAAUGGUGGGUGGGUUAGUAUUCAAAUCUGUGUGAAGCUGGAGCUACCCCUUUUCUUUCUUUCUGCCACUCCUUUCUCUUUUCCCCCUUUCCCCUCAUUUUCCUCCUCCUUGCCACCUGCAUGGUGCUUAUGACAAGAGCCAUAAGUUGCCCUCCGCUGAUGUCAAAGCAUGCAUGUGUGCACCAAGGUCCUGUGCUGUUUUACAUACACACACUGCAGCUGCUUAAGGUACAUUUUUGAACUGUUGAUACCCUAUUGCAGGACAUUUUUAACCAAACAAUCCAACACCCUGCUGAUUUUUGAAUCAGAGAGGCUCUUGUAGAGUUGGUUGUAUGUUGCUUUGGGUUGCCCUGGCCAAGAUAAAUCAACUAAGAAAUAUAAUAAUAAUAAUAAUAAUAAUAAUAAUAAUAAUAAUAAAUAAUUAAUAAAUAAAACAACAAAAGCAGUAGAUCUGGAGUAGAGCUUUCAGCAAUGUGUAAUUUCAUCUGUAAAAUGUUGCCCCUAGCAACUCUAGAGUUCUACAGUUGUGCCAUAUAAUCGCCAACCAUUGAAGAAUCAAGCUCCUGUUCAAAUUAAGCCCAGAGUUCAGGGUUUUUCAAUUUUCUGAGAAAAAGGUCAGCAUUUUGGGGAGCAAGAUAUUGAGCCAUAAGCUUUAAGGAAGGUGUUGCAUUUGUAAGCUAGAGGUUUUGGCACCCCUUUCACACAGUUUGAGCACCAAAUGCUGGGUCACACUUAAGAAGACCUGCACUACAGGAAGGUCUUCUGGGGCCAUUUUAUGUGGUGAAAUAUUUUUCUUUUGCAGAGAUAAAUUCCAGCAUAGAUCAAAAUGUGCAUUUCAUCACUUGUGAAGUGCAUCACAUGUAUUUAAUUUAUUUCAUGGGUGAGGAAGUUUCCUAUGAAGUGUCCUGGUAUCUCACAGGAAAAAGCCAAUGCUGUGUGAAAUAUCUGGGUAGAAACUGGGUAGAACUGAGAGAUCUGGGGCAGCAGCUUAUGCAUGAAUGUGACAGUACUGGUGAAUAUGUGUCAGUGUACCCAUCACAAGUGCCAUCGUUUGUCUGACUGAGAGGUAACGUUGACUUCCUCCACCAGAGGAUCUCCUCUUUCAACAUUUGUUUCCUUCCUCUAGGGAAGGAGGGAGGAGACAUAAGGGAGGAGAGAGACUCUGGGCAUUCUCUUAAGUUACAUGUGGUCCCAGUCCAGUGUCUGCUUCCUGUUGUUCAUUAUUCUGCUGACUGGACCUGCCUUCAUUGGCAAAGGUCUCACUCUCUGGAGGCAGCUGUGUGUCUUUCGGGUCUUGUCUGAGAGUGGCUUGUGGAAAACCAUGUCACUUCUGAUACAUGAGGCGCAUAUGCAGGUCAGCAGCAUCUCUUGCCCCUCUUCACUCUCUGGCAGGUGUCCAGCCCAUGAGAGCUUAGCCAAGGGUAAGAUGUUUAUGGGGAAAAUAUGAGGAAGUUUUGAAAAUAGCUGAAUGAUUCUAAGGGGAACCAGAUGCUGCUGUGAGGCAUGAAGGAACAGAGAUACGUGUUUGGGAGAUUGAGAAUGACUCAGGAAAGUGAGGGGAGGUGAUCAGAGAGUAAAAAGAGUCCUUGUUGGAUAGACUUGAGUGGGUAAUAAAUAUAACUGAGGGAUGCAAAGUGAUAUCGAGGUGUGUGGUGUCAUGGUAGUGGAAGAAAUGAGAUUAAGCAAGAAUCUGGAGUGGGAGGAGGAGGAGGAGCAAGGAGUGGGAGAAAGGCAGCAAGUCCAAAUAAAAACAUUUCUUCCCAUCCCCAUCCUCAAAGAGUCUGUAGUGUGUCCACUCUUUAAAAAGCCAACCUUGGACCCAAUGGAAUGCAACAGCCAUUGGCCAGUUGCUAACACUGCAUUUUUCUAGAUAGUGGCAAGGGCCGUGGUGGAGCCGCUACAGCUGCUUCUGGAGGAGACAAAUGAUCUAGAUUCAUUUCAGUCUGGUUUCACAUCUGAGUUUGGGACUGAACCAGCCUUUGUUGCUUUGAUGGAUGACCUUUAUCAAGAAAAAGGUAGGGGACUGCAACCCUGCUUCUUUUGCUGCAUCUCUCAGCAAGUGAUUCUCCUUGCCUGGUUCUGCACGCUGGUUAUUGGGGGCACUGCUCUACAGUGGUUCUGUUCUUACUUGCAGGGUCAUGUCCAGAAAGCAGCAUGAUGGGGAGACUGCUUCUCAGGCCCAUGGCAGUAUACAGUCCGGGAGGGCACUCUGUUCUCCCCAAUGCUGUCCAACAUCUAUAUUGGGAAUGGUGGUUUUGGGGCAAGGUCUCGUCAGUAUGCUAGGGAUGCCAAGCUCUCUUUCUCCAUUACAUCUGACUCAGGAGAGGCUGUGAAAGAGUGGUGGACUGAAUGAGGCCAAUAAGAUGAGUCUGAACCCUGGGAAGACAAAGGCCUUGUGGGAGAACAGUUCUCACAUCCAGGCAAAAGGCUAGCUUCCUGUCAUGGAUGGGGUUGCACCCCCUCUAAACAAACAGGUCCAUACUUUGGGGGUACUCUUUGAGUCAGUAUUGUCACUUGAGGCUCAGGUUGCCUCUGUGGCUAGGAGUGCCUUUUAUCAACUUUGCCUGGUACGUCAGUUAUGGACAUACCUGGAUAGGGAUAACCUGAUCUCUCUGGUUUAUGCACUGGUAGCCUCAAUACUUGAUUAUUGUAACAUGCUGUAUAUGGGGCUGCCUUAGUGUCUGGUCUGGAAGCUUCAGCUGGUGCAGAAUGCUGCAGUCAACAGUAGUUUGGUGGCAGGAACAGACUAUUGCCAACACAUAGUGCUGGUGUUAAAAAGACCCGCCCUGGCUUCCUGUCUGCAACUGGGUCAAAUUAAACAGGGUUCUUGUACUAGUGUACAAAUAGCUGAAUAACUCGGGUCCAAGGUACCUUAAGGCCCACCUUACCCUGCAUACCCAAGUUGGUCAUUGAGAUCAUUGUGAGGGGGGGAGCACUAUUAGUGGUCCCUAUGGGCCAGAAGCAUGACAUGCCAAUGAAGAGCCAUGCCUUCAGUGUUGUGGGCCCAACUCUAUGGCACUCCCUCCCACAUCUGGGGCACUGCCCCUGCUGAGUUUGGACUCCUGAUCAAAACUCUUUAAUUUUUGUUUAUUGGAGGUUUAAUUAUGUUUUUAAUGUUUUACAUUGUAUAUUUUAUUAAGAGCUACUUUGAGACCCAUGUGGUGAAAAGUGGGACAUAGUUUUAACAAUAAAUAAAUGAAUAAAUAUUGCCCUACUUUGGCUUUUGGAGUCCAACUACUGAGUGGUGUGAGAAGAAAACAAGACAAAUAAAGGGCAGGCAUGUGUAAGAUGUUUUGAUUUGGGUUGAUGAACUGACAAGUGAAAGGAAGUGAUGCUUACUAGCUCUCUACUAGUCUGUUUACUAUAUGUUUCCAGUAGAAUAACUCAUCCUUGGGUUUUCACUUAGCUUUUGACAAUAUCCUCCUGUGAGAACACCCUAUAGUGAGAUCAGUAUCCCAAAGGGAGUCUGUUGCUCUGGUACUCCUCCCUCACAUCCUACUCAGCAUGGUCUCAAUGUUUAUAGUAGAAGAAGCCUGAGUCUCUAUUUGAACAGAGAGUACCUGGAUCAAACUAGGUCUAGCCUUGUGGAACUGGGUUCCAGUUCUCUUCUAAGUGAUUGAGAUGUGAUAUAGUUUAUUUACCAGCCAUUAAAGCUAAGCUUGGGUAGUUAAUUUAGGUGGAACAUGUUGAUAGGGCUUGGAUUGAACGGGCCCCAGAAAUGUGGAACAUUAUUUUUAACAUUUACCACCACCCACAGCUGAGAGGGAACAGGCUUUUAUUAAAAGAAUGUGUGAUUAAUGAUUCACAGACAAAGCUGCAGCUAUGAAGGUUAUACAAUGCAACAUGCCCCACAUCCACACACACACACACACACACACACACACACACUCUUUCUCUCUCCAUAUGCAACCCACCACAAUAACCAAAGACCAAACCUAUCUCUCUGCUUAUUAUACAGCACUGAAGAAAUACCAUGGUGAUGAGCUUGCCAGCAAAAGAUGGGAGGAUGGCAGAAAUAUAGAUAAGUGAGGGGAUAACUGGUGGCAUAGGCACAUGUCAAGCAGGAGGAUAGGUGAUUGACAGAAAGUUGGGUGUCUUAAGUUAAACAGAUGGCAGGAUGUGAAUCUGUGAAUGUUGGAGGGAGUUUGAGAGGGUGCAUUCCUGUUUAGCAAUGAUCAUAUGUGCAAUCAAUUAUCACGUGUAACUGCACAAGCUCAUCUUUCAUGCCUUCUUACCCUUGUCACACUUUUCCAUCUCUCUGUAAUCUCUCCUGCUGCCAAUAGUCUAAAUGUAAACUGUAAGCUUCUCAGGGCAGGGGUCUCUCUCUGUUAAGUGAGAUGGCACUAUAAAAAUGCAUUAUUAUUAUUUUGUUAACAAUGACUUGUCUUUGCUUGCUUGAACUGUACAGGGUGCAGAUUCAAAACUCAAAACCGUAUUCCAUAUCAGAUACCAUUAGAAAAGUGUGGUUGUGUUGUCCAAUGUUGAAUUCAUUCUUUCGUAUUAAGGACUUGUGUGUGUAGGGAAAAGUGUGAAGCUUGGAUGUACAUCAUUGCAGACAGUGAUUGUAUACAUGUUUAUUUUGCUUCAUGUAUAAGUACUGUGAAUCUGUGUGUGGACAGGCAGUGAAAUGUGUCUGUGCAAUAGCCACAUGUGAUGUCAACACAUAGAUUUCAUGCUUUUCCCGACAUGCAGGUUCUUACAGUGUAAGGGUAAUGCACAAAGCGGCUUCUAGGGUGUGUGCCUGCUGCUGUUCUAUCAUGAAAUUUAGCAAGGAUAUAAUGCAACGUUUAUUUAUAAUUGGAACCAUGGUGUGGAGGGAGACUUGAAGCUUACCCCCCACACUGUGAUCCUGAUCUGAUCAGAGCAGUGCCAGAUUUAGGGUGCUGCAGGUGGUUUUCUCUACAUGGGGUGCCAAGCCAGGGUGUGUGUGCAAACAUUAUGGGUACAGUAACCAAAAGAAAUUAUUGUGAAAAUAAGGCAUAUUUGGGCGGGGUGGAGUGGGAUCUUGUCCUUGCCCAGGGUGCCAUAUUACCAAUGUCUGCCCUUGAUCAGAGGCCCUUGGUGCUAACUUCUUCCCACUGUAAAUAUGCAAGGAGGAAGAUUGUGAUUAUGGUGAGGCAAAGGAUCAAACCCCUACCCCCUUGAUACCUUGGUGCCAAUUUCACUCAGCCCCCAUGUGAUGGCUAUUUUUCUUUUAAAAAAAAAAAAAUCUUCCAUGGCAGGGCCCAUCUUGUUUGACUCUGAAAAACAAUGGGGUUGCCUAAGGCAAAGAAGUACCGUAUUUUUCGCUCUAUAAGACACACCAGACCACAAGACGCACCUAGUUUUUGGAGGAGGAAAACAAGAAGAAAAAUAUUCUGAAUCUCAGAAGCCAAAACAGCAAGAGGGAUCGCUGCACAGUGAAAGCAGCAAUCCCUCUUGCUGUUCUGGCUUCUGGUAUAGCUGCGCAGCCUGCAUUCCCUCCAUAAGACGCACACACAUUCCCCCUUACUUUUUAGGAGGGAAAAAGUGAGUCUUAUAGAGCAAAAAAUAUGGUACUUUCUUGGCCAGGGAGAGAUUUGAUCAAGGACUUCCCACCUCACCCUGUUAAUCACUCACCAGCUUUCCUUUAUGUAGAAAAGUGUGUGAGAGACACAUUUUGGUGGAAUCUGUAGUAAAACAAAAAAAAAAAAACAAGCAGAUUCCACCCCACCCCUCCCAGAUACAGCUUUCUUGACCUUUUCUAUGAAAGCCAAACUAUCUUUUUUUGUUGUUUAAAUGAAAUGUAACAUUUAUUAAAACACUGUUGUUAACUAGUAUACUUCAAACCAAUGUAGCAGCAGCAGCUCAGUCUUGUUGCAAAAGCACAGAGGGCUUUCCCUACCACCACAAACCAGAGACCUGGAGAAAUCCUGCAGCAAAGUCAUUGCCACAAGAGGGCUUGUAUGGCAUGGUGUGGUGUAGGGUUGCUUGAGUGUUUGAUGUGGGAAGUAGGGUAUAAACCCUACCCCCUUGAAGGUCACUGGGUAGGCCAUUGUCGGAGUGAAUUGUCCCACUACAAGGUAAAGGAGAACAAAGUUACAUAAAGGAGAACCCUAUAAUGUCAUGGAGUACGCUCGAGAGAUUUUACCUAACUCCAUUGCAAUAUAGUUACACUGAAGAGAGGCAAUGAGUUCAAAGGAACUGGGUGCACUCAACAACAUGCACCAGUCCUAGGUCACCAGAUUCUUCCAAUAUUAGUGCAUGAAAUCCUGUAAGUUUAGCUAUCUUUAUCCUCUGACUUGCUAGGCGAGUUUGGUCUUGUUUCUGUGCUCCUGAGGUGCAGCUAGGGCUUUCUCACAACAGAUCAAUAGAGAAGGGCAGUGCCAAGUUGUUCGGCAUCUGCCCAUAAGCUAGUUGUCCUUGGAAGCUUCAUAACUGAACUCCCCAACUGUUUUUUGUAAGCAGCCUGAGCUUUAAAUUCUCUUUAUUAUUGCAAGCACUCUAUUUAAAAAUAGGGUGCUUUGCCAAAACCCAAGUAUCACUGUAGCUAUUCACAAACCUAUUCUGUGUCCAUUUUACACAUUCUUAUAUUGUCUCUCUUUCUCUUCUUACGAUUGUUUCCUUGUGUCGUAGAUGUAGAGAGCUUGCUUGGUCCUUGCUCAUGGUCUUAUGAUAUUACCACUAAUCUACUUCCUCAUUUCCCCCUUUGCCUCUCUACUAGGUCCAGCAUCUUCAGCCGGCCUCCCCUUAUAAACUCAUGCAUGCUGUUACACAUUUCACUGCAGAAGCAGCUGCUUGCUACUGAGCAACUUGGAUACUCCCUGCUUAGUUUUCCACAUAUUUCACUGACUACAUUUUCUCUUUGGUUGCAGGAUCAGAAAAGGAAUUUCCUCAGGAUCAACAGGGAAGUGCCAUGGAGCUUCGGGGCUCAAGCACGGCCAAACGUCUGGCCACGCUACUCUCAGGUCUAGUGGAAUGCAUGUGCUUUGCGGGUGUCAUUUUUGGAUGGGCAUCCCUGGUGUACGUCCUCAAGGGUAUGCACUACUUUGAGGAUCUGUGUAUGUCUGCAGCUGCCAAUCAAACAAGCAAUGUCACAGGUAAGAUCAGAUGGUGGGGGUCUGCUUCUAAAGGGAAGUUCUGAGUUUAUACACAUACUGGGCUAGUUGGGAGUCACAAACAGCGGUAUGGGCAGGACUGCACAACUUGUAAUCCCACCAAGCCAAAUGCAGACGGUUGUUCAUGUAUUGUGAACUGCCAGAUGCUUGAUAACCCUGCUUUUGCAGGCAGCAGAAAUCAAGGAGUUUUACCAAGCCUGCGGCAGAUAACCAUGCAGAGCUGGUGGUCUGCAUUCAGCUUGGUGGGUCACAUGUUGAGCAGGUCUGACAUAGGGAGUUAGUUGGGAACUGCACAGAGAGUGGGUGUGAGAGUGUAUGAAUUAUGGCAGAGGUGAGGUGCUCCAGAAGUUGUGGGACUCCUCAUUCCCAUCAGUCCCAGACACCAUGGCCAAUGGAGAGGGAUGAUGGGAGCUGGAGUCCACAAAAGGUCACAGGUUCCCUGCCCCUGAACUCCUGAAUGUGUUGAGACAUUCAUGCUGGUUCAGAAGUACCAUUGGAGACUGGCUGGUGUGGUCUAUACAUCAUCCCGAGUGAUGCCAAUGUGAGUACAGCACUCAUUUUGUAGGUUUUCUCACUGUGAUGUGAGCACCUCAUUGCAGGGAUACAAACUUUCCUACCGUGCUCCUCUCAUGCAGGCUUUGUGGCUUGGAAUGGCAGGUUUGGUUCAUCUGAAAAAAGGAAUUCAGUCUAACAUACUGAGUGGCAGCUGGAGCCCAUUCUGCCUUAACAGAUGUGCUCCUUAGCAAGCACUCCACACUUCAGGCUGGUACACUUGCUUGUAAAUAAUUCUUGCGUUACAUUUUGUGAAUGGGUAGACUGCAAAAAGUUCAAGGAACAGAACAAGGAGCAUUUUGGGGUGUGGAGGGAAAGUUGCUGUUUCCAUGUCCUGAACUGAAGGCUGGAAGGGGAGCACUGAUGUAGGUUCAGUCUAAUGCAACACCAAAUACUCCCCAGGACAUGCCAGGCUUUCAGUGCCAGGGCUCAACCAUAGUAAUAAAGUGAGUAUUUUUAAGUACCCGCAGGGUGCCCUUUCAAAACAUUUAAGUAACUGCAACCAUUGCAGCACUUAAGGAAUCUGAGGUUAAGGGCUGUCAAAUGAGAAGCUGUGAAACUUUCAUCAGGAGGGUUUGAUCCUGGCUCCUCUCCUUUUGGAAACUGGGUACUGGCUAUGAACAAUAUGGUGCUAGGGGUUUGCUUUGCGUGUGGGACAGGGUGUGUUAGGCUGGGAGACAUACGGUAGAUAAAAAUCUAAAGUAUGUUGAGUCUGAGCUCUGCACACAGUAAAUAUAGGCUUGGGGGUUUAUACAUAGGACUGAAUUGCAUUAGGGACCAUAUCUGAAUUCUCUGUCCCUUUGCAGACUGCAGUGCUCAGGAUGAGCAGUUUUCCCUCAUCUUCACCAUUGGCUCCUUCAUGAACAACUUCAUGACCUUCCCAACAGGCUACAUCUUUGACCGCUUUGGUACCACAGCAGCACGUCUGCUUGCCAUGUAAGUGUUGGGGCACAACCUGUUCUCGUUUUCCCUGCUUGGAGCUCUCUGCCUUUUCUGUGGAACUGAAGCAGGAUUGCUAGCGCCUGCCGUUAAAGAGCUCCUCUGCCUUUAAUAGUCAUGUAGUGGGGAGAAACUGGGCAGCAGUGAACUCUUCCACCACUGCAGCACUAAGAAGACGUGAGAAGUGGAACCUGCUGAAUUCCACCCUGCAAUGCAACACUUAAAAUCCUUUAUAGAUUAAGAGUGGGUAAUCCUAGACUGAAGUAAGUUCACUCUCUGAAACUUAAUUCAGGGACUGAAGUAUUCUGGAGGGUGGAUCCUAGGGUGACUACUCACAUUGCUGGGUGGGGGGGUUAUGCAUCACCAAAAGAGGAGCAAAGCAGACAAAAAUCUGCACAAAAAUUCCCCAACAUUUAUUUAUCAUUUAAAAAGUGAUGCCUACCUAUAGUCUGAAGUGGUUCAGGCCACUCUUACUGUCUGUUCUUCCAGUCCCUUUUUUAGGUGGGAUGGGUGGAGUCCCAAACACUUGGCAUAUGCUGGGCAGAAAGGAACUGUGAUGGUCAGAAAUUCACUUCUAUGCACAUUUCUAUCCCUCCCUCCUUCCUGAUUCUUUCCUUAUCUUCCACCCAUGCUCUUGUGCAUGCUGUCAGACAGCUAGAAUGAUAAAAUGCCUGUUAUCUUUAACAGCCCAGACUGUCUCCAUAUGAGUACUGCGAAGUUUCUCUUGACUUAGUACUAAUCUUCACAUAACUCUAAUAAACAGCUUGCUGCUCCUGUCAAGGGGGAGGUUAUACCCAAGGGAGGGAGGUCAGAAACUUUUGCUAGUUUUUGCAUGAGGCCUCUGCAGACUGCUGCAUACAAAACAUCAGCCUCCCUCUUAUGUAAUAAAUGAACAGGAUAUGUAACUGAGUACACAUGCAUGCACAUUUUUAGUUUGCAUUGACAUGUUCAGUUUCUGAAAGACAGUUCCUUCAUCUCCUCAAAUGAAAAAAGUUUGACUGAAGCAGUGAAGGGGAGAGCAGGCUGACUGGGGAUAGAUAGGGACUCACAGGAUGAGCAGGAGUAUUAGAAAAGUAACUAGCAGCUGUCCAUGGCUUGGAGGGCCUAUUCAUAAGACUUGUUGAGACUGUGGCAGCUGCAGUUUUUCAUCUGGCAGCUCUGACUUCUAUUUGGGCUGUGUACAGAACUAGCUGCAUAGCAAGUGUGCAGGCAUGUGCUGGACACAGAUUGGCUAGGCUGUGGGCAACAGGUAUAACGAGCUCCUGGACUUUAUUUUAAGAUGGAAAUUGGAAACUUUUGACAUUUCUUUACCUAGCUGCAUUUGAAUUUGUAGCAGUUUUCACACUGAAACCAUUGAGCCUUCUAAUGCUCAGGGCUUCAAAACCAAUCUUAUUUUUCCACCUUGGGGGUGUGGAAUAGAAGUGAUGUGCUUCUGGAGUCAAUAUUACCUGAAAUAAAAUCUGAAAUGCCUGUAUUCUUCACUUGUGUGGGGAACCUGGUGCAUCCAUGAAAUGCACACAGCUCACCCUUCACAAACAAGGGCCUGAGCCGAUGUUUCAGGGAAGAUGACAGGUUGUUCUAAAUUCCCUAGCAGUUGAUAGUGACAGGAGAACAGAGAGACAAUGACGCUUCCCCCUCUCUUUCACCAUAAAAUAACUGGGUGUGGUGUAGUUAUCAAUGGAAAUGACUGGCAGGUGAUUUAGGGCAGACAAAAUAAAAUGGUUCUUCACACGGCACAUAAUUCAUAUAUGAAACUCACUGCAAAACAUGCUGAUUAUAUACAGCACUUCUGCCCAAGUACAUUUUAGCUGUGAAUCAAACCAAUCUGUGUUCCCCUGGUGAUCAUGCCAAAUUGUGGGGAGGGCAGUUUCUGGGAUGGGAGGUUAGUGAGCCUACAGCAGUGAGGUGUCAAUGUUCAAUCUUGCCCUGUUAUCUGAUACAGAUUUUAUUUAUGAUCAGCUGCAAACAGGGAGCCCUUUGCAGUGCCUGUUCUUUGAGCUGGAUACCCAAGUGAAGCAAUGUUUAUGCCAGCCUAUGAGGCAGGAAGUCCAAGGGUUCCUAUGACCACACGCAGGAAGCUAGUAUUUGCUGUGGCUGCAGUUUGUGAGGUUCCUUAACUGGCUGGGCGUAUUAAUGGAGUGGGCAAAGUCAUGCGGCUCAUGUGAGUGAACUGAUCAACCAUGUGGGCAGGAGAGUAGUGCUGAGGUGGCUCUUUUGGGUCCUUGCCCUCUUUCCUCGCAGGGCACGUGGCCAACUAAGCAGAGCUGUGGAAAUGUUUUCCUAACCUGGUGUUAUCUGCUGGGUGUUACCUAAUACAAAAAGAAUGUUAAUAGGUGCAGCAUUCCAAAAACAUCAGAAGACUCCCCAAGGAAUCAGCAGGGGAGGAUAUGGUUAAAAUUGUUUCUCCACAGCUGCUUAAGUUCCAAUAAUUAUCACCCACCCAGUGCCAUUUGCCUUUUUUAAAAAAAGAACCUGUAUAUUAGAGACAGAAGACAAACAAUAACUUUCAUGUAGUUUGUCUAUCAGUAUCUGAACUGAAACUGAACUAGAGUUAAUGCUCAUUCACAUUCUCAUGUGGGUGGGUAUAAGUAAUAAAUCAUCAUCAUCAUCAUCAUCAUCAUCAUUCUUUCUUUCUCAUAACCCUAAACAAAAAUGGAGGACAUUUUUUAACGAUCCAACCAGAGGCAGAUCUGGGGGUCUCAAAUUUCAGUGGCAUCCUGUGUGACACCAAAAUUCAGUGCCUCUUGCACUCCAUUGUAAAUCCUAGUUGUGGUGUCCUCGGCAGCGCCCCUAAAACUCCACACCCAGUACAACAGAACUAGUCACACUCCCCUAAACCUGCCCCUGGUCCAACUCCCUCCAGGCUGUGCCUUUGCCUGAGUCUCUCCUCUUUUCUAAUUUCAGUUUUUAUUCUGUUCCUCAGCAUGGUUUGCUUCAUCUUUUCCCCACCGGUCUAUUUCUAUUUUCAAAUGAUCUCUCAAUUCCAAUCUCCAUCUUACUGAUUCAUCUUUCUUCCUCCGAUGCCCAUGGCUCCCACAGCUGCCUGCCUGUCUACCAAAAGGAUGGGAAGCUGAUGGAUGCUCACUGUGUCUGAUGGGGGAUGAAGGGAGGAAGUAGUUCACCUUGCUGCCCACAUGUCCACAGCCCAGUGCCCAUUUGGUAGCUCAGGGCAUCUCUUUGUCUUCCAGAUCUGCCUACACCACUGGUACUCUCCUCAUUGCAUUUUCCUCAGCAGGUGAGUGUUCCUGGAUGAAGAGCUGGGCUUAUCUAGGUAGAUUUGUAGGGGUACAAAUUCUGGACACAAUAGUUCCAGUUUUAGGCUUGAAACUGUUGGGAACUGUUGUUGUUGUCCUUCAGAACAAUCAAAGACGUGAUACUAUGUUAUGUUGCAAGCUGGGUCAGCUUGAUGCAGAGUUGUAUAUGUGAAAACACCCAUCCAGUGCAUCCGGUGGGGUAGAAAUGAUUUUAACAUAUACCUAAUUAAAUACAUUUUGUAUGGCUUUGUGUGGAGGAGCAAAAGAUGACUGGGUGGGUCUUCAUGUUGGGAAGGGGUGUGUGUGUCUGUAUGUAGUGCGGACAUGAGUUUUAGAAGUGUGCCUUAGCAACACCUGUAAUCAAGGGAUGGCUGUAAAUGUGGAAGAGAAAGGGUGUGUGUGUGUUACGUACACAUGUGUGAUGUGAUGUACAAGAGUUUCAAUGUCUAUAUCAAUGGUUGCAGGAAGAGAGAAACCAUGCUACUAUAGCUCUCCAUCUUGAGAGACGUUCAGUCUUUGCGUGUUGCUAGAUAGCUGUCAGUCCAAUAUUAUUAUUAUUAUUGCUUGUGUAGGUCUCCCAAAAUUAUGCUGGAUCCUCCAAAUAUUUCUAAAGAUUGGAAAGGGGAAUCAUAUGAGGUGGGAUCUUAACUACAAUCUAUAUUUGUAGUAAGUUCCUGUUUUGCCUCUUUCCACACACCCCUGGCAUGUUGUGCUAGUCUUUCUCAAAUGCUAAAUACCAAAAAGCAAGGGAACUGGAUUCAUCCUUCCCAUUGCUGCAUUCUGAGCCCCCUGAGCUGGCAUAGAAAUUUAGAAUGGCACAAUGUGCUGCCCUGUAUUAAUAUGUUGACUGGAGAAUUGUAGCAAGAGAUGGCUUGAGGAGUACGAGUUCCUUUUAUUGCACUGGAAUGUCUCAUUUUUUAGUACUGAGCUGCUUCUGUGUGCACACACCAGCAAGAUUGUAAGAAGAAAAAGAAAUUUAGGAUCAAAAGUAGAGGAGAAUGCAGCAUUAGGACUUCUGUUUCAUUUGUCAGGAUGACUAAUAUUCUCUCCUUACUCUGGCAAAUUAACAAGGUGAUAACAAGGCUUUCAGACAUUUUGGGGCCAGAUAAACAAAGAAGGAAAAAGAGGAAACCAAUAAGCAGAGGCUGGGUACUUCUUUCCUUUCCUUGGAUGGGGUUCCUACUUCAUGCUAGAUAAUACUUAAUUGCAAGUUUCUUUGUAUUUCUAAUUUAAUAGCUAAAGGCAGAUUGGGGAUGCGAACCUAGGUCUCCACAGCCAAAGUUCAACAUGCUAAUCAAUAUAACUUUGCUGACUCACUUUUCUAUUAUUGCCAGCUGGUCCUAAUAAUUUGGGCAUUGUGCUAUGUACUGCUGCACUGUGUGUGUGUGUGUGUGUGUGUGUGUGUGUGUCUCUGUGUGUGUGUGUAAUACAGCUAGGGGGAUGUUGCUAUAGGGCAGGGGUGGCCAACUCCCAAGGGACUGCAAUCUACUCAGAGUUAAAAACUGGCAGUGGUCUACCCCCCCUUUUUGGGGUUCAGGUUGAAGUUGCUGAGCUUUUUUAGGGAGGAGGAAGGUCCAUUUUCAGGGGUUGUUGAUCUUCUUUGGGGGGAGCCAGUUAUCUACCAGAGAUCUACCACAGAGAAGAGUGACUAGUGGGGUGCCACAGGGUUCUGUCUUGGGCCCGGUCUUAUUCAACAUCUUUAUCAACGACUUGGAUGAUGGACUCAAGGGCAUCCUGAUCAAAUUUGCAGAUGACACCAAACUGGGAGGGAUGGCUAACACCCCAGAGGACAGGAUCACACUUCAAAACGACCUUGACAGAUUAGAGAACUGGGCAAAAACAAACAAGAUGAAUUUUAACAGGGAGAAAUGUAAAGUAUUGCACUUGGGCAAAAAAAUGAGAGGCACAAAUACAAGAUGGGUGACACCUGGCUUGAGAGCAGUACAUGUGAAAAGGAUCUAGGAGUCUUGGUUGACCACAAACUUGACAUGAGCCAACAGUGUGACGCGGCAGCUAAAAAAGCCAAUGCAAUUCUGGGCUGCAUCAAUAGGAGUAUAGCAUCUAGAUCAAGGGAAGUAAUAAUGCCACUGUAUUCUGCUCUGGUCAGACCUCACCUGGAGUACUGUGUCCAGUUCUGGGCACCACAGUUCAGGAAGGACACUGACAAACUGGAACGUGUCCAGAGGAGGGCAACCAAAAUGGUCAAAGGCCUGGAAAUGAUGCCUUAUGAGGAACGGCUAAGGGAGCUGGGCAUGUUUAGCCUGGAGAAGAGGAGGUUAAGGGGUGAUAUGAUAGCCAUGUUCAAAUAUAUAAAAGGAUGUCACAUAGAGGAGGGAGAAAGGUUGUUUUCUGCUGCUCCAGAGAAGCGGACACGGAGCAAUGGAUCCAAACUACAAGAAAGAAGAUUCCACCUAAACAUUAGGAAGAACUUCCUGACAGUAAGAGCUGUUCGACAGUGGAAUUUGCUGCCAAGGAGUGUGGUGGAGUCUCCUUCUUUGGAGGUCUUUAAGCAGAGGCUUGACAACCAUAUGUCAGGAGUGCUCUGAUGGUGUUUCCUGCUUGGCAGGGGGUUGGACUCGAUGGCCCUUGUGGUCUCUUCCAACUCUAUGAUUCUAUGAUUCUACGUCCAGUGAUCACAAUCUACCUGUUGGACGUGCCUGCUAUAGGGAUUGUUAUGAGUUCCUGCAGUUCAAAGUUUGCAGUGGCACCACUGCGUAGAGUGAUGUGAUGCCCAGCUGUGUCUUGUUUUAUGAGCAUGAUAGGCCUAUGUUGCUGAUAUGCCCUUCCAUCGAUUUUUCUCCCGGUACAGUCACUGCGCUGAUGCUGUUUCCAGCACUGACGUUUCUCUCUGUCGGUGGGAUCCUCUUUAUCCUCACCAACAUGCAGGUUUGAUGCUCUUCUCUCACACAUCCUAAUGGGGAGGGAGCUGGGAAAGGAAAUUCUUUACAGGAGAACCUUUGGGGCACCCUGUCCCUGCCUCCAUACUCUAACAUAUUAAAGUUCACUGGCAACUAGGCCCUUUGGCUGUGAUCUGCUGACCCCCUCCAGGAAAGUAGUCAAUUUGCUUUGAGGUAUUAUUUGUCUCUCCAGGUUGGGAAUCUGUUUGGAAAACACCGCUCAACCAUCAUUACCCUCUACAAUGGGGCCUUUGACUCUUCCUCUGCAGUUUUUCUUGUCAUCAAGGUUAGUGACUGUUUCCUAAAGAAUUAAAAAUUACCACACUUAGGAAAAACAAGCACCAGAAUCCUUUGCCCCAUCCUGUGUUGUGGGCGUUCCUCCUAAGAAAUGAUGUGUGUUAUGGCAGUGCUUCUUCUUCCUCUAAGAUGUUGAGUCAGCAGCCUAGUCAUAGAACCCUCAGAAAUUUCACAGGAAAGGGAAGUUUGGACUUAAGCAUCACCACCUUUUUGUCCCACCUAACUUAAUAGCAUUGAUUGAGCCACUGGCUGGCUCAUUAAUGGCUUGAACUGGCAUCUGGUUUGGACACUGAAAGAAAGAAAGAAGCAGUCCAGGAUGGGAGAUGAUGUGGGGGAGGGAGAAGGGAGGAGGAAAGAUAGUGAUUUAAGUGGGUGGAGGGAGAAGAAUGAGGGAAAAUAGGAAGACAGGAAAACAUGUGGAUGGAGAAAGAUUUUGAGAUUCCAAAUGGUGCCCAACUCCAGUAGAUACAUUUUCAACCUCUGGUCAGAAAAAUUCUACAACUCUCUGACAUCAUGUGAUAUGUCUUUCUUAUUGAACAUCUGGGAGUCUGCAUGGAUAGAAUUGGCAAGUGCUAGGUAUCAUAUUCCUCUAAUCUUUGGGGGCUUCUAAACUGGAUUAACUCUCAACACUUAAUAGCAAGAACAUAUGCAACACAUUUGUCUCUUCAUCCCCACCUGAUUAAUUUUCCACUUACAUAAUGAUAAAAAACACUUCCUUUAGAUGCUGUUGUAUUAUGCUUGUACCGUAGAUAAGCUAACCCAUGCCUUUUCAAGAGCAUUAGAGUAGCAAACUGUUGGUCACAUUGCUGCAGGACAUUGGAGAAUUAAGUAGGCUGCUUGUAGUGACCCUGAGACAAUUCGAGACUAUUAAUCCGAUAAGUAGCUAAAUAGUAUGUGAAGGGUCAUCCUUGCGCUUUCAGCUAAUUCCUAGUUAGGUCAUAGCUGAAGGUCAAGGCCAAAUAAUAAGAUAUGGCACAGUCACCUGUCUCGUUAUUCCAACACUCUUUCUCUUCCCUGUGAAAACCAACAUGGGGCAGCUGUGACCUGGACUCAGUACACACCAUACAUUGAAAGCACAAUCAAAGCAGAUUUCCCCCCUCCUAAAGAACACUGGGGACUGUAGUUUAACUCUCAAAGAGCUAUAAUUCUCAGCAUCUUUAACAAACUACAGUUCUCAGGAUUCUUGGGGAAUCCACUUGGAGUGUGCUUGAACUGCAAGAAGAUCAAACCUAUCCAUUCUGAAGGAAAUCAGCCCUGAGUGCUCACUGGAAAGACAGAUCUGAGGCUGAGGCGCCAAUACUUUGGCCACCUCAUGAGAAGAGAAGACUCCCUGGAAAAGACCCUGAUGUUGGGAAAGAUUGAGGGCACAAGGAGAAGGGGACGACAGAGGACGAGAUGGUUAGACAGUGUUGUCAAAGCUACCAACAUGAGUUUGACCAAACUGCAGGAGGCAGUGGAAGACAGGAGUGCCUGGCGUGCUCUGGUCCAUGGGGUCAGACAUGACUAAACAACAACAACAACAACAACAACAACAACAACAACAACAACAACAACAACAACAAUGCCGCCUUGAUCAUAAUGGGAUAGAGGCUGUUCAACCUUUUUUUUUUCUUAUUGGCAUUUGUCUACUCCAAAUAUCCUCCAGCUGCUAUUCUCCUGCAGAGGAACACUCUUUCCUUCAUAGGUGGGAGGACUGCUGGAUGGGGCAGCAAUUUUGAGUGGGAAAGCAGGAAGAAGGGAAAAGAUUAAACACCCUCUUCCAUUCAUCCUCUUAAACUCAUAAUGCUCUGGACUAUUUUUCAGUAAAGACAACAAAUACACCGGGGGGGGGGGAUGCAUUAGCUUGAUGCAUCUUGUUUGGCUCUGAGUCCUGUGUCUUCAGCUAGUCAGGGACUCAGCAACUCAAUUUCAAUGUGUGAUCACAACAUUUCACCCAGGGAUAGCCAGUGUGCUUUUCAGAGGUCAUUAGACUGCAGCUCCCAUCAGCAUCAGGCACCAUGGCCCAAUGCGCAGGGAUAGGGGGAGUUGUAGGGUAAAUAAGGAUAUCCUAGAUGUUUUUGAACCAUAGUGGGAUAUCCUCAUUUACCAUUUGCAUUCGACUUAUUGGCCAACUUCGAUUUUCUCAAUUGGGUCUUUCUGUAGAAUCUCAUAUAGCCCAAAGCUUCCUGACUGGAUUCCUGGAGAUACUGUAUGUGCAAUACUUAACAUCAACAUCAUAGGCUCCCUACACCUGGUGGAAGACAGUCUCUGUGCUGUUAGUAUUAACAGUUGCCUCUUUUCACCAGUUGCAUUAAGACUGUUCAGAUAUGCAUUGAGCUAAGGGAUCACCAUUCUCUGUAGAGAGAGCACAUGAGCCACCACACAGAAAGCAGCAGUCAGCACUCCUGAUGACACAAACUAAAAUCCAGCCACACGAGGACAGAGGACGGGGAAAGAGAAUAUGGGGAUGUAGUGAAAGCAGAGGAAGGGUGCAGUAUCCUAAGCGUGAUUUCAGCUAAGAGGAAGCAGGACUAUAGUUAGCGUGGAAGACGUCAGCUCACAAGGGUUCUAUUUCCAGCUGUGGUUCAGCAUUGUAUAUGCAUGUGACCAUGUUGCUUCUCAGGAUGCAGGUGGCGCUGUGGUCUAAAUCACAGAGCCUAGAGCUUGCCGAUCAGAAGGUUGGUGAAUCCCCGUGACGGGGUGAGCUCCCAUUGCUCGGUCCCUGCUCCUGCCAACCUAGCAGUUCGAAAGCACAAAGUGCAAGUAGAUAAAUAGGUACCGCACUGGCAGGAAGGUAAACGGCGUUUCUGUGCGCUGCUCUGGUUCGCCAGAAGUGGCUUAGUCACACUGGCCACAUGACCCGGAAACUGUACGCCGGCUCCCUCGGCCAAUAAAGCAAGAUGAGUGCCACAACCCCAGAGUCGGCCACGACUGGACCUAAUGGUCAGGGGUCUCUUUACCUUUAUGUUGCUUCUCAAAUCCAUGUUUCUGAGAGCAUGGUCAUGGCAAAACUGUGCUCUAAGAAGGGAAUGUGAGGCAUGAUUUGCUGACGGUGGUUUAUGGUACUUAGGCACAGUGACGGGAAGCACUGUGCUAUCUAUUGUUAUGGGGAAGUAAGAUUUUUCAAGAAGUACAUUUUUAUUGUGUUUUCACCUAUUAAACACUACACAUUAAAUGCAGACACAUUUUGAUAUCACAUAUAAUUUGGCUCUAUUGUGAUGACAUGCAUAAGCUGCUUAGAAACAGUAGCUGGGCCUGGGGAAUUCUAUAAAAAAAAGAUCAAAUCAAAUUGAGUGACCAGAUAAAUCUGUUAUGCAAAUGAAAGAAUGAGCCUGAGAGCUAGUGACUGGUCCAAGGCAUUUUGGUGUCUCAGGUGGAGAUUCAUCAUAAUUAAAAAUAGAGCACAGUCCACCAGUGCGUUUUCCUGUUCAAAUGAAUGGGAAUUGCAGAAGAGAUGCAGUAGUGCUGCUUAUAUUGAAUUGUACGCUGUGGGUUGGAUCUGUCUCCCACUCUUAAAAGACAGGCAGAUAAUCUGCUACAUGAGCCCAAAGCCAAGCAAGCAAUCUGUGCACCACACAGAUUACAGUCAACGCAGAGCUUGGCUAACUCAGGUUUGUGCUAUUUGUCUACAGCUGCUGUAUGAACAAGGCCUCUCGCUGAGAACUAUGUUCCUCUUCAUGUCUGCUUGCAGUGCCUGGCACUUGAUCCGUACUUUCUUUCUGAUGCCCCGCAGCCAUAUUCCGUAUCCACUGCCCCCAGGAUAUACAUACGGGUAAGCUGCACUUGCCUGUACUUCAGUCUGAUACACAGCUCUCUCCCCUGUGUGCCCUCACUAAGAUUCUGAGCCCCUUUCUAUCUCCUUCCAUUCCUUCCUUCCUUUCUUUUUCAAGCUCCCAAAGUGCUGCCUAGAACCCUGGUGGUGGUAGAAGAAAGAAGCUAUCCCCAGUGGGUUCCAUCCACUGUUAUUUUUAAAAGACAGUUCUGCUUUUUGAGUGCUUCUUCAAGCAGGCACAGUGCUCUGGGAUUCGUAUAGGGUUGCCAACUCUUCAGGGGCCACUGUAACCGUACUGCUUGAUUGGCAGGUGAUGUUUAUAUCCAUGAUGAGAAAAGCUUCGUCUGCAGGCUUUCUUCACAUGCUGCUAUUAAAGAUAAAAGAGCAGCUUAACAACUUCUUCUGCCCAGUUGAUAAAGCUAGGAUUCACACCCUGCACAGUUUUUACUGUGGCUGUCUCCCAACAUCACCAUCCCAAGCUCCAUUGGGGGGAAAAACACCAGUUUGGAGAGCAGCUCAGGUGCCAUUUUGUAGCAUCUUCAGAAAAGCCCUAAUUAAACAGCAGCUGCAUGGCCUUCACUGAAAGGAUGCAGGAAACAUAGUCCAAAGUGAACCCAUUGUUUCAGGAUGCCUGCAGUUGAGGCAGGUAUCCCUAAGACCCCAGACCUCUGCAUGCUUAGUUGGAAAUUUACAUUGACAUAAGGGCCAAACUACACAGCAAGCAAAUACAUGUUGACUACAGCCCUUUUUGAAGCAGUAAAACCUGGGGGGGGGGGGGUGAUCCAGAGUAGAGAAGCAGCUGAUGGGAAGAUGCUCAGUCUUUUCCCCACCUGCCAUUUUCCUGCCCCAAAUUACCCCCUGGAGCAAAUUCCUUUCCCUGUAGGGUUUUAAACCCAUAUUCCCUCCCUCCUACCAUUUCUGUGCUCCUGGUUGUUCUCCCUGAAAGCAGCAUUGCCGCUUCAAAAAGGUUCACUGGGCUAUAGUUAAACCUGUUUGCGUGCAAUGUGUCAUUUAGCCUUAAAUCUCAGAGGUCUAUGGAACUCCCUCCCAAGUAAGUUUGUAGAGGGCUCCCAGCCUAAACUGGUUAGCAGUGAACUGGUUUGGAAUGAAACUUCCCAUUUCUCACCACUAUCAAAUAAGAAAACUGAAGGAAUGAAGAGGAGUAAGAGAGAGGAAUGUUGUUGGUUCAAACACGUUGUGAAAGUAUUUGCUGCAAUAGAGAUGAACUAAUCUGAGGCUGAGUUCUCAGUUUCCUGUACUCCUUUUCUCUUACAUGUUGAAUCAUCCAUUUAUAGUUUAUGCAUUUAAUGGCAAUUUCUGUUUACUUGGCUUUAUGAUCAAUGCCAUUGUGAUUUUGUACCUUUCUGUCAUGGUGCAUCAUCUGAAAGAUCAAAUAAAUCGUGUUUGUACUGCCCUGUCUUUCUCUCUUUGCACAUGUGGAACUUGCGUUUUCAUUCUUUGUAUGGGAAAUAAGUCCCCAGGAUACCAGUUAUGUUGAUUGUGUCUGCAGAGUGAGCUGUCACAAGAGGUCCCGUUCAUAUCGCACCUAUGAGGAGCAACGUAGCCCCAAAGUCCUGGAUGAGAAUGAUGCGGAAGACUCGGAUAAUCUGCAUGCUGACCCAGCACUCGAAGAAAAUUCCACCAACAAAGGGCUUGUUGGCAUAGGUAGGGACUGAGACCGGUUCCAAGGUUGAUGGUUAGAGAUUCUAGCUGGGCCUUAAUAUUGGAUGGGAAUGUUGCAUUUGGGAAAAUAUGUUAAAAAAUAGAGUAAAUUUGCUGCAAAGUAAGUGCAGUUUAUGGGGGCUUGAGGGUGUCAGAUAUACCUUUCACUUGGCAUUUGUUCCAAGAAGAGGUUCUGUGUGCAUUUAUGUGUUUCUGUAGUCAGGCUCAUAUACCUCAUUUCUUACCCUCAAAUGUCUGAAAGUGCUGUUUUUAGCAGAGCCAGUGAGCAAGGGGGGGUUCAAUACCAGGGACCUCAAGAGUCAAGUCAGUUCCUUUAACCCUUCUUAAUCCUACCCAGUGCUGGAUUUACGUGUAAGCUAAACAAGCUAUAGUUUAGGGCCCCACCCUCUUGGGGCCCCCCAAAAAAAUUAAAGGAAAAAAACCUGGAUGUGCAUUUCCAAAAUAUAAGAUAAAAAACAAAUAAAAUAAAACCUACGUAUAGCAACAGUGUUUUGUGUUGUGUAUGCUCCUAUGAUGUAAGUAAUGGGCCCCGCCUGCAGUAUAAAGGGCCCCAUUACCUUCAGUAGCUUAGGGGCUCAUCAGACCUUAAUCCGGCCCUGAUCCUACUCACCCACCCCUGUGCUACUAGUAAUUCACAGGCAGUCAUCUAUGCUCAUCAUUCCUGCUAGAGAAUGUCUUCUGAAGCCUCACAGUCAGCUAUUCCUUUUUGGGUGGGCAGGCAAGCAGGAAGAGUUAACUCAUUUGUUUGCUCUUAGUGGUUUUCCCCAGGGAAUGUGAAUUAAUGACUGGAAGAUUUCAGCCAUACUUAAUCAUGUUUAUCCAUAGCAUUACUACUGACAAAAUGUAAGUCCUAUACCAGAACCAGCUUCGCAUGCCCAUUUUUCACCCCUGGGUGAGAGAUUCUCUAGGCCUCUGCAUGGGGAGCUAAUUGCUUAGAAGCCCUCAUAAAAACCAAUGGAUGUGCAUUUGAUUUGUGCCUAGAAAGGGCUCUCACUUCGGUAUGACUGUCAGCAGUGAAAUAGUAGCAAGGUGCUGUGUGACAUAAAGAUCAUUUCAGAUUUUACACAUGCCUCCUGUCCCCUCUUUUUGAUUUAUUUAGGAGAUGCUGAGACUGCAGCAAACCUCAAGGCUCCAGCUGUUGUUUCCUUCUGGAGCUGUGUCUUCUCCAAACUGUUUUUUUGGCAUCUGGUGUGGCUGUCGGUGAUGCAGCUGCGCCACUAUCUCUUCAUUGGCACCCUCAACCCCAUGCUGACACAGCUGGCUGAGGGAGACGCCGCCCUUGGUAAGGAGAGUAUUGGGAAAGGGGCAGGGAACCAUCGGGUGGGGAUUAAGAGGUUCUCUUGUUUGCAGAAUAAUCUCCCUCCCUUUGCUGUCACCCUCAGUAUAAACAUUCAGGAGGAAUUUUAAAACAUUUCUGUCCACCCACACAUUUGAUAGCUGAAAAAUACUGUUCUUGGGAAACUUUAUUUUAAUUUUUGACAUUUUUUUAAUGUUUUUAUAUGUGUUGGAAGCUGUCCAGAGUGGCUGGGGCAUCCCAGCCAGAUGGACGGGUAUAAAUAAUAAAAUUAUUGUUGUUGUUGAAAUUAUUAGCUGUGAGGCUAUGUGUCUAUGUUUUUAAGUGUUUUUAUUACUUUCUUUAAAACUAUAUUGUAUUGAUGCCCUGUUUCUUGCCACCCUGGGCUCCUUUGGGAAAAUUUAGCCCCUCCACCAACUUUAGGAUAUGUAAGAAACAAACAAAAAUAUGUGUGUGGAGAUGGAUAAGAGUUGUUGGGUGAGAUCCAACUAAGCCAUAGCCAUAGUAGACCCAGUGAAAUCAGUGGACCUAAGUCUAUUGUUUGCAAUGGGUUUAUUCUCAUUAUGGCUAACAUUGGGUCUUGCCCUUUGUCUUGGGGCAGGUAGACUAGAAGAGUGUAGAAGGGGAAAAACACACUAUGAGAGAUGUUUUGUAAUUGGAAUUAAUAAAUUGAAUUAUUGUGCACCUAAGGAAGGUUUCCAUUGAAACUUGUUGGGCUUUUCUCUGUUUCAUCAAAGUUCCAUAUACAGUAUAGCCAACUUAAGUUCUGUCAGACCCUCCAAGUAUCCAAAUUUUCCAGGGACGUCCCUGAUUUAGAGAAGACGUCCCGGUUUCUGAUUUGAUCCCAGAGUGCCCCACUUUUCCUUAGGAUGUCCCUAUUUUCAUUGGAGAAAUGAUGGAGGGUAUGGAGUUACCCGACCCCCCCCCCAAGUCAUCUGAAGGCAAUCCUGUAUGGAGAAGUUUUUUUAAUGUUUAAUGUUUAUUUUUUAUAUGUUGGAAGCUGCCCAGAGUGGCUGGGGCAACCCAGUAAGAAGUGUGGGGUAUAAAUAGUAAAAUUAUCAUUAUGGAAUGGGAUGUCCCUAUUUUCAUCGGAGAAAUGUUGGAGGGUAUGUUAUGUUUAAAGUAGAGCUCUUGAAAUGAAUGGACCUAAAUUAGUUCUACUCAUUCAUUGCAAUGAGUCUACGCUAAAUAUGGCUUAAUGGUGGCUACAGCCCACAUAAUUUCAGUACAAUUUUGAGGCAUGCCUCUAUUUUCAGUCUCUUGUAUUUGGUGCUGCUGACUCCCUUUUCUCUCGCCAUGAGAGGAAGGCCAUCUUGUCUCAGCAGUGCUCUUGACCUCAGGAAAAAGUUGCUGAAAUAGAAUUAAAAUGGUGUUGUAAUGACUUAGCUAAAUAGCUAUGCCAGGAGACUGCCCUGGUCUAGGAGUUGAGGGGAAGCCCCUCCUGAUGGUGAUAGUCUUCCUAUUGAGAAAGAAGAGGUAGUUCUUCAAAAUAUUUUGCUUGGAACUACUGGAGAACUAAGGGCUCCUGACCUUUGAUUCCUCCUAGUCUCUUGCCAUCAUCUAAUAAUGGGUUACAUGUAUGAAAAUCUUGGCACAUAUUUGUGCUGACGGGAAGAGGGUUUUGUCAUCCUUUUGUCUUAAUUCUUUCUGUCAACAGUGAGCAGCUACACCAAUGCUUUUGCCUUCACCCAGUUCUGUGGAGUCAUCUGUGCCCCCUGGAAUGGGCUUAUCCUGGACCGUCACAAACGUGGACAUAAAAAGGAAGGGAGUUCACAAGGUACGUCCCGUUGGUGUGUGUUUUGCUUUCCUUAUGAGACUGCCCAUCAAGGAUAUUUGAUGCCCCAAGGUCUCCUUUGGCCCUGCUCACCUCUGUCUGUAUUCUCUGUUUCCAGGGGUGCCAGAUUCCCUUGCAGACCUGCGCUCCUGUGUGCUGUCACUGGUCAUCACAGUGCUGCAGUGCGUGGCCUUCUCAAUUUGUGCCUCUAUUCCGGUGCUGCCUGUGCAGUAUGCCACGUUUAUCCUGCAGGUUCUGAGCCGCUCCUUCCUCUACGGGGGCAAUGCUGCCUUCUUAGCCAUUGCGUAAGUAACUGGCCUCUCUGUGAAAAGAGGAAAGUGUGGUUUGGGAGGGAUGGAUUAGGGGCGGGGGAAAGAGAAAGGGAAGGAUGAAAGCAGAAGGAAGUUUUGAUACUCAGUGAAUGGUACUUGGAGCCACUGAGAGGAACUGGUAGUAGUGCAGAAUAACAAUCAAUUACAGAAAAUUGUUCACUGAAACCCUUUUUCCCUCUCUACCGACUCCUCUGGUUUUGAAUUUUUUAGCAGAAACAGAGGCUGUUCAAGAUUCUCCCCACACGCAAGAGGGCUAAAAAUAUCAAUUUAUACUAAUAAUAAAUGGCUGCAGUUCUCAGAGUCUUGCUUUAGGAGCAGCUUCCACAGUUCAUAGCACAAUUUCUGUCUUCUGGGUUUGUAGACCCCUGCUGAGAUACCUUUCUAAAGCUUGUCUCUGUCAGACGCAAGAGACUGGGCAAGAUGAACUAUUUAUCUGGCAUUUUAAUGUUUUGCAGUUAUGCUAUGAUGGCAGUGUAUGAGAAGUGACUGUUGCACUUGGCUUAAAAUACUAAAGAAAGCAGAUACGAGGAAAGGGCUUAGUAUGAGUGCUAAAUCUGCUGGAUGUUUUCAUUUUAAGCUAGUCAUUGAGGAGGCAGGCCACAUGUUAGCAUGGAAUUUUCCUUCAAUAGAUUUAAUGAAAAGCCCUUUGUUGCAGUGUGGGUGCAGACUCUCCAAGUGUCCCUAUUUUCCAGGGAUGUCCCUGAUUUAGAGAAGCCAUCCCAGUUUCUGAUUUGAUCCCAGAAUGCCCCACUUUUCCUUAGGAUGUCCCUUUUUUAAUUGGAGAAAUGUUGGAGGGUAUGGCGUUAUCUGACCCCGAGACGUCUGAAGCCAAUCCUGUAUAGGGAUGCUUUUUUAAUGUUUAAUGUUUUAUUAUGUCUUUACAUAUGUUGGAAGCAGGGGCAUAGGAAGGGGGUGGGUGGGAGCGGACCACCCCGGGUAUUGAGCCAUCUGGGUAAGGGGGGGCUGCACCGCUUUGACAGCUUGGGGGAGGCUUGGGAGUUGCAGAGAGGUGGCGUGCCAAAUGUCUGUCAUGAGUAGCUCGCUCCACCCCCUUUGAGGGCACCAUCCGCACCACGCCCCCCUCGCCCCCAUGCUCCGCCGCUGGUUGGAAGCUGCCUAGAGUGGCUGGGCCAACCCAGUUAGAUGUGUGGGAUAUAAAUAGUAAAAUUAUCAUUAUGGAAUGAGACGUCCCUAUUUUCAUCAGAGAAAUGUUGGAGGGUAUGUGGGUGCCAUGAAAUAGUGACGCAGACGCUGUAAACAAAUGUCCUGCCCUGUUCCUUGACCAUAAGAGGGAUGCAGGUCUGCUGUCCUUCCUCCUGAUGAGGAAGGAAAGGAACACGGAAGUCAAAAAGAAAAGAAAUAAAAAUAUAGAAGGAUGGGAGGUGGAGAAGCAGCACAUCGUGACAAGUCACUGUGAGGAGGAUAGUCCGCUUAGACAUGCCGUGUCACAAUUUCCAUGUCCUUCUUCCUCCCCCUCCCCCACUCUGUGUCUUGGCAGCUUCCCCUUGGAACACUUUGGGAAACUCUACGGCCUGGUGAUGGGGCUCUCAGCCGUGGUGUCUCUCCUGCAAUACCCCUGCUUCUCGCUCAUCAGGGGCCCACUCAACGGGGAUCCCUUUUAUGUGAGUGUUUUGUGCCCUAAUGAGUCUGUUUCACCACAGGACAGUCAGUACCCCAAAUGCGGAUCUCUACUUCUUUCAGGAACAGUGUUGUAUUGCAGACGGUGGUGAACAGGGAGCUAGGAGACCUGACGUACUACUUUGUUGACCAGGCAAAAGGCCAGGCCCCAUGUAUUGCAAUAUAUAUCUGAGUGUGUCCUGCUCUUCAGGGGGAAGUCUAUUAGUCCAAGUCGAGUUUAAAUGGGCAGGGGACCUGGACAGCAAAUUCAGCAUACAGGGCACCUGGUCUGUUGUCCCAAGUAGGACUAGAUAUAUUGCAUUUUUUAUUUGAAAUAGUCAUUUUUGAACUUGCACAUAUGGUUAUAAAUUAGGAUAUGGAAAUAUGCAAGUCUCUGUCCUCAUGUGUCCUUUGGGCGGGGAGUGGUGCUGAAGCAUUUCCUCUCUUUUUUGGUGCUGCAUAAGUGGCUGCCAUAGGCCUGGCUGAUUCAAAGCCUUCAUUCCGCCUGCCAGUUGCAUACACCUGUUCCCUUCUGCCUCUACGCAGAGCAGGCAUAGAGACCCAGGUAGCUCUCUAGGCUAGGUGCCAGCCUCAGACACUUCACAUUUCCUAGAGCCCCCCAGAAAGGAACAUUUUUAGAAGCUGCCGCCUGCAUAUUAAUAGUGUAUCUCUUUUUUCCAGGUGAAUAUUGGUCUUGUAGUCCUAAUGUUUCUGGCUUUGGUCAACCCAGUGAUGGUGUGGUUGGAGUGCAAGCGGCGGCAGAAUGAACAGCACAUCGCAGGCUCCCCAGCCUUAACUGCAGGCAAGAAGGAAGGCCUGGAGUCUUCUAUCUGAGCCCUUCGCUGUGUAGACUUUGCGAACCUCUCCUAUCAAAAGGGAACCUUAAGAAGAUUUGAAAAGGGAACUGAGGAAGAAGCCUCCUCUCUCUCUGAGCUUCAUUCCCAGCAAAAUCUGGUCACAGUCCAACACAGUCAGGUGUGCUUAAGUCCCUUGAAACGAAUGGACUUAAACACAUCUGUGUUACCAAACCACAGUUUAUUGCUCCCUCUCUCUAGAGUGUUAUUUUUCUAGGAAUCAAACCUAUAUUGUAUCCUCCUAGUGUGGGAAUUUAGGUUGUAUUUCACUUACAUUUAUUUUGUUUAUUAACAGAGCUAUAUUUUUGUGAAUCAUACAAACAAGCCAGUAUUAGAGCAGGUACCAAGUUAGGAUGUUUAAUAUGUCAGAAAAUGCAACUCUUUAAAGUGGAAGACUUAACAUUUUUGUCUCCCCUUAAGUUUUUGAAUUAGUUGAAAAACAGUCUACCCUCAUUUUUUUGAAUUAUUAAAUAGAUAUAUUUGAUACUGGUUUUUAAGAACCAAAGUCCAUUACACAGCUUGGGAGAUAUUCCUUCGAAAAAAAUGUUUUUUUAAGUCAUGGGAUGAAAAAAACCAACACCCUAUGCCAUUUGAAUACUUCUAUAUAGUGGAAAGAUGCACUAGUUUCAGGCAUUGUGUGGCAGUCAAGAAGUCCAAUAUUAAAUUAAAUUCAGAAGGGAACCCAACUGUAAUGAAAGUUCAUAAAUACUGUAGAAUAGCAGAAGAAUAAGAAACCUGAUGUUCAGCAUCAAUUUCUCUCUCUUAUACACACACACACACACACACACACACACACACACUGGUGCACAGCUCUUCCCAUCACAGAUAAACUCUCCUUUCAAGGUACAGCAAGAAAGUGUAGUGACUUGUUGGGUACUAUAAUUGUAUCAAUUAUAGCAUUGACUACAACAGCAGGUUUUGUUGUGUUGCCAGACCAUCCCUUGGGGGUGGGGUCAUUUCACCAGCCAACCUUAGAAGGGGCUCUAGCCUCCUCCUUUCUUUGUGGUUCCUGACAGGAUGCCUAGGAACCACGUGUUCCUCGCCUUGGGUUCCAUGGCAGGAAAAAAGAUGAGAUGCAAAUUUAAAGGAAUAAACAGAUGACCAGUGCUGUCUCAAAAUAAGUAAGACACCUGUAUAGAGGGGCUUGUGGCAGGAGGGGGAAUCUGAAUCUAAGACAGGGCAGGAGAUGGAUGGGGCUGAUGCACCUGUAGGAUUAUGGAUCUGGAAGCUUAUCCUUUUACCACACAUUCACACUGUGUUCUUCUGACUUGAAUAGCUUCAAUGAGACAUAAAGCCAAUGGUUUGUUGUUGUUUUUAAAAAAGUUAAGCUUGUUGAGACAGCUU